AUGGAGCUGGCCGCGGCGGGCGGCGGCGGCGGCGAAGGAGAGGCUCGGUUCGGCGCGCUCGGAGGAGCCCAGGCGGGCGGCGCUCGGCUGCCACUGUCCCCGCGGCGCCGCCACUGAACGGCGCCCGGCCGAGGCUCCGGCGCGCCCGCUCCUCUCGCUCGCGCUCUUUCCUUCGUGCCUGGCGGCGGCGGCGGCUACAACGGCGGCGGGGAUGUGAUCGGCGGCCGGGGCGGCGGCGGCGGCGGCGCUGGGGCGGAGGGGCCCGGGGCCAGCGAGGGCGCGGCGCGCCCGGAGGGAUCUUUGCGCAUCGCGGGAGCGGCGGGCGAGGCGGCGCGCAGGGCGUCGGGGCCGGGCAAGGUCACCCCGGGCCGGUGGAGUCGCUUCCCGCCGCCCGCGCGCUUCCCAUGGGGCGAGCUCGGCGGCUGAGCGCGCCCGCCGAGCCGGGCGCUCCGGCCCCGCGCGCCGCCGCGCGUGCGCCGCCGCCGCCGCCCGGGGCCGCCGCCGCCUCUCGCCUCUAGGAUGCGGCGCCUGCCGCGGCGCCUGGUGAGCGGCGCACCGGAGCAGGGAGCGGGCGGACGACGACGAGGAAGGCGGCCAGCAGCAGCAGCAGCAGGAGGAGGAAGGCGGCCGCCGGAGACGGAGCGCCCCGGGCGGCCGGUCGGAUUCCCCGGGAGGCAGCAGGUAAGCGCCUCGGCUCGCGCUCUCUGCAUUGCAGCCCCCGCGCGGGGAGGGGGGGGAAGGGGGUUGGGAGACGAGGGGAGGGGGCGAGCCACCUCUUCCCAAUGGGGGGCCUCUUUCCUCGCGCCCUCCCCGUCGGAGGGAGGGGGAAGGGAGGGGAGGGUCCCGCUGGGCACGGCCAGGUGUGGCUGCUGCGCCCUUCUCCCGGUUUUCCUGAGCGACGCGGGGGUGAGCGUUGCCCCUCCUUAUUUCUUCCCCCUUCUAUAACAGAAGGACGCCCCCGCCCUCCCCGUCCUGUUCAGGGAGAGAAUGGAGGUUCCUGCAAAGCACUCCCUCCCCCCACCUGCCAAAUCCUCCCCCGUUUUCGGGGCUCCGGAACUCGCUUCUCCGCUUGCCUGCCGCUGCGGCUCUGGCAGGUUGGGGGAGCUCCAGGGUCGGUUUUGGAGGGUCUGGAUGCGGGAGCGGGGCCCCCCCGCACCGGGGGGAAGGAGUCAGCCGACAGCCCCCGGUUCCCCGCACGUAGAACCAAGGGCCUGGCGCCGAGUGGGUGGGUGGGAUUUCUCCGGGGUGGGGGGAGCACCGUUCGUGCCGCCGAAUCUAGGCUCCCCCCCAAAAAACCUGGACCCCUCGGGGGACUUGCUCCGCUUCUUGCCUGCGUAGAUUUUUCCUCCGCAGCAGCUGGGGGGGGGGGUGUCCCUGCCGGUUUCUAGGCGAGAGGGUCUUUGGGCUGCCCCUCCCCCAGCGCUUUGGAUCUCCCCGCUCCUGCCCCCCUCCUCCUGCUGCUCUCCGAAGGUGUGGGGCGCCUCCUGGAAAGGCGUGCUGCUGGAGCCCCGAAGUGGGAGGGGGGCGGGGAGAAUGGCAGGGUUUUUUUUGGGGGGGGAGGAAGAGGAUGUGGACAGAGCCCAGGUAUUGGUGGGGUCUGUAUUCCUCCCCCCCCCAGGUCGAUGGGCAUGGAAAUGCCAGGCUCCCUGGAGGAGGGGGGGAGGGGGCGCGUCUCUGAGGAAAGAGGUUUCCAGCUGUUAAGUUGCCCUCCUGUUUUUUUGGUUGGAGACCUAAACUGCUGCUGCAACUUGUCUCCCUUUUGGAGGUGGGGGUGGAGAGGAGCGUCUUUCUGUAAGGCCCUUGUGAAUUGUGCUUGUAGGGCCCCGGUCUCUUCCUCCUGGCUGCUGGUGUGGGGCUUUCAGGGGAAUGGGGCACCCUUAAUAGUGAGCUGGUGGGAACUCCCUUCUCCCUCCAGGCCCUGAGAGCAGGUCCGAGGUCUUUGCAGAGCUCUGGAGCAAGUUGGGGGGCUGGAGAGCAAGGAGGCCCCCCAAGUGGGGGAAGGGUACUUAGUAUCUCUGGACAUUGUUUUAGCCUCAUGUCCAGCCGGUUUCUUCCUGGCCUGGGGAUGUGUGCUUGGCCAGAGGAGGCUCCUGGCCCCCCACCCCAGGCAUGUCCCAGUUGAGACUCUUCUCUGAGCCAUGGAGCUCAUCCUGCCCACACUCAGACCCAGUUCGACUUUCUCUUUGCCCCUUUUAUUUGCACCAGAGGACAGAUGCACAGAUUGGUGGAGGGGGACGUUCUCAGGGGGAAGUCCAGAGCUCAAGGGACGAGCGCCUACCUUUCCCGAAAAAGGUUCCAAGUAGGGGCUGAGGGAGACCCUGGACCCCUGGAGAGUCUGCUGCCAGGCAGUGUAGAUGCUACAGAGCUCCAUGGCCUGUUGGCCUGGAUCCCACAUAAGCAACUCCCCGAGUAGCGACUGGUUGGAAGGUGGAAGACAGGCCAGUCCUCUGUCCAAAUGUCACCUUGGCUGUAUGAGGUGGCCUUAGGAAGCCCGUAUUUCCUUGGCCCCCAGCUGUGAUAUGGAUAGGAAAGGUGGCCCCUUACAGGUCUGUUGCAAGGAUUGCUCUGAUAAUGCAUGAGGAUGGCUGCUUCAUUUUAGGGCCUAAGGCAUGAAGGCUUUGCUACUUGCCAUUGUAGCAGUGUAUUGGAAGAGCCUGGCUGCUGGAUCAGACCAAAGCGGAGGCCUGACUAGUCGGGCAUCCUGGUCUCCCCACCUGCAAGCAGGACCUGAGAGCCACCUCAGCAGCAGCACUCUCUCUCCACUGGUGCUCCCCAGGAUGUGGUCUCCUUUGGGGGCCUCCUGAGGGUCCUCGUGGUGGAGCAUCUGCCUUGAAAGCUGAAGGUUCAGCCCCAAGUGUUUCCAGCUGGGAGUGGGAAUGUCCCUGGCCUGAACCCCUGGAGAGCCAUCACUGGCAGCCAAGGUAGACAAGACCAAGGUAGAUGGACCCAGUGGUCUGACUCAGGAGAAGGCAGCCUCCAGAGUUUCCUGCCUCUGGCAGCGGAGGGAGGACAUUGACCGCAAGGCUGGCACCCACAUUCCAGCCCCCACCAGCCCCCACUUGCCCAAGGAGCCCCAAGGCGGUUGUGGAGGAGGAGACCCCCAAAGCCCCUUCCUUCCUCCUGACCAAGGAGACCUUCAAGGGGGAGUCCAGCCUUUCUUCUCCUUCUGGGCAAGGAGAGCUGGAUGUGGGCAAGUCUCCCGGGCUGCAAUUGCUUGCCCUCCCUCUCCCCCAGGGGAUCGAUACUCCUUCUGCUCGAGGGCUUGAUAACAGGGCUGGUUUUAUAGGAAAAUCUUUGGGGAUGCUAUCAGACCAAACAUUCUGCUCGGGAAAAUCAUUAGACUAGCUUUGUCUUUAGCAGGCUGAGCCGAGCCCCAGCUAAGUAGGCGAGGUCUGCUGGCAAGGAGAGCUGGCCCUUGUGGAGCAGCCAUGGUGGUUGCCGGCGGGGUGGGUGUCAUUUGGAGCAGGUGUGAGCAGCUUGUGCUGAUCCAGAUAGGGCAGGGGGACAAGGCCUGGCAAGGAAGUCUUCCCUGCCCCCACCCCACCAGAAGAAAUUGAAAUAUGGACAUGGUUCAGUCCUUUCCAGGGGAAUUUGCCUGGAGAGUGUUUGGCUGCCUUUGGAGGGCCAACUGCCAAAUGGCUCAGGGCACUUGUGGGUGGGGGGGGUGUGCUCAGGCCCACAUGUGAAUACCCAGAUGUGACCAUCUCCGCUGGAGGCUGAGGGGAGGAGGCAGGCAGGCAGGCAGCGGUUGUCAGAGGAGCGAUUCAGCCCAGCAGGACCAAAGGCUGCCUUCCUAGUGGCGGCUGCUUUCUCCUCUCGGUGUCUCCCGUGCCCUUGAGCCUGAAAUAGAUGCUACUCCAGAACAAAACAACAAGCCAUGCAGGACUGUGCCGGCCUCGCAGCUCUGCAUGCGUCUCUUCAAAAGGUGCAGCGGUUGUAGAAGCACCACAUGCGGUGGGCGGAAGGGGGAGGCGAGGGGCAGGAUUUGGCCUCAGAGGUGCACCUGUGUGUGAGAGAGGGAGAGAAUGAGUGGAAAGGGGGCUGUGCUCUGGGCACCUGAGGCCGAUUUCAAGGGAGACGUGAAAUGCUUCUGAGCCUCUCCCCUCUAUGGGUCACGUGUGCGAGGUUUUGACACACAAUUGGCCAGAGCGAGGGAGAGACAUCAGACCUUGGUUCCUGCCAGCGUGGAUCUUGCCAGUUUUGUGGACUAGCCAGUUCCAACAUCACACUUGGAAGCAGCCUCUAAAGCUGCAGCCUUCAGCCUUUUCAGACCCAGGAUGCACUUUGCAUAGACUCAGAGACAUCUAGUCCAACCCCUUGCAAUUCAGGAAUCACAGCUAAAGCAUCCGUGACAGAUGUCUGUCUAACCUGGGCUUAAAAAAAACCCAGUGCCCCCAAACAUGCAUUGGGGGAUCCGUUUCUUAACCUUUCCCAUCUAUUUCCAUGGUGGCCGUGCUCCAGUUUGAGCUGCUGCUCAAAUCAGUCCAUGACCUGCUAGUGGUUCUUGCCCCACCAGUUGCAGACCAGAGCUCGAAAGGAGCCCCCUUCAAAUGCCGGAGCAUUUCCUUUUUCAACUGGUGGAGUCCUAGUUUGUGGCUUGGAGGGGAAGAGGGGCCCAAGGCUCUUGGGCAUUUUGGUGGCCCUACAAGGCUGAGUUCCCAGGGGGGGCUAUGGAAGCUGCCAUUUUGGAUUUCUGUUUGGCUGAUGAGGAUUUGAGCAAAGGCUCUGUGGAGAACUGGAAGGAUCAAAUGAGUUAAAGAGCAUCCUUGGGCUGUGGGGGUGUCCCGAGGCCCCCACUUCUCUGGUCCUGCCCACUGCCUGAAAUGUUUCACAGACGGGAGGUGGUGGUCUGUCCUGGACAGUGCAGAGUUCCCAAGGCAUGGAUAUACAAAAGUCCGGGGUGCUGAUGUCCUCUCACCCCCAAGGGGCUUGGAAGCAGACACACCUGCAAGGAUCAUACCUGUGGGAGUUGGCAUGGGAGAGCUGGAGGAGAUAAGAGGUUCAUAGAAUUGUAGAGUUGGUUCAUCUAGUCUAUGCACGGCAGGAAUCUCAGCAAACAUUCUAGCCAGAGAGGAGGGGAUAGAGCAGUCCUGGGUCACAGGCUUGUCCUGCUGAGCCUCCCAGACAACCCAGAGAGCUCAGUUCAGCCUGGCAAAAUCCCUGGCCUCCUCCUCCUCCUCACUGGUUUUCUUUUCCAUUUAUGGGAGAGGAGCAGAUCUUGAAGCAUAAAUAAGGGAGAAGCUACACUGGAGCAGGUGCUCGUUUCAAUUUGUUAUCCUGGUUGUUGAUGGAUGUCUCUGGACUACAGCAGUACAAGGUAUUUGUUCUCGGAUCAAAAGGACCCUUUUGCUGAAGAAUUAGGGCUGCUACAGAUCCGCUGGUGCUCCCCAAAGCAUGAACAUUAGAAGUUGAGGCUCCUGCCUCCGCUUCCUGCACCACAUAAACAGACAAGAGAUGCCAACCCAGUUUGUCAUGCUAAGCCCAACCAUGGCUUCAUGGUGGCAUGCAGGUGUGGUCUCUCAGAGAGGAGAAUGUGCCCACUUUGCAGCUGAGAGCUAAGUCAUGGUUGGGCAGAACUUGUCCUCUGAAUCUGGGCUUGUGGGUUGACAGACUCCAGGCAAACCAAAAGCAGGUGACACGAAAGCAAACCAUGGCUUAGUGGUGCAACAGAACCUGAGGAGGAAGGAGACAGUCGCCAUCUCCUCUCCAUGGCUUUGUGGGUCCAUGCGAAGCUCUGGUUCGUUAGGUUGUGCUACUGUUUAUUUACAUGCUGCCUUUUCACCAAAAGACUCCCAAGGCAACUCCCAGGAACAAACAGAUACAUUCUUCACCAAAAUAUAUUUAUAUACCACUGUUUCAUAAAAAUAUAUCACAGCAGUUUGCAACAAUAUAAAAACACAAAACCAUACAGUAAAUUCAUAAGGCGUUCGAAGCAAAUACGUACAAACACAAUGAUACAAAUACAGAAUAAUGCAAAUCCAGAUGAUGCAUAUUCAAAACUGCCAUAGAAUCAGAGAGUUGGAAGGGAUCCCAAGGGUCAUCUAUUCCAAGCGUGUCCAGUGCAGGGAUCUCAGCUAGAGAAUCUCUGAUCAGGGUCCCAGGCAGGGUCGGUGUGGCAAGGCAGAUGCCCCGUGGUGGGUCCCCCAGACCCUCCCCUGCCACUCAGUGUUGCACGAGAACAGGUCCCUUCCCUUGCGUUGUGCCCGUGCUUCCCUCUUUGGCUCCAGCCUCCCUCUCUCCUUGGCCUCCUACCCUCCUCCUGGCUCUGGGGCCCUGAGCCCCUUCCCUCUCUGCAUUCCUCUGGCUUGAGGAGAUCUUGGUGAGGAGCCCAAAAGCAGCCGGAUCAGGCUAAUGGCCUCCCUGGCUCAUCACCCCUUUCCCCCUGUUGACCAACCAGAAGUCCCUGUAGCUUCCGAGGUCUGCUUUGGUUUGGAGGGCUGGGCUGAGGGAGAAGGAGCUGGAAUUGACUCUGGGGUGGGGAUCCUUCCAGCCAAUUGAUAUUUUGUAAUGGAAAGAACAAUCAGCUUGAGCCCACCAUGGCCCCUUCCUUCUCUCCACCCAUAUUAUGUUCUUCCUAUGCCAAUAAACCUCAUAGAGAUCCUCUGUCUAAAUUGAGUAGCUCCCCUCCACCUCCCUAGCAGUGGCGGAGCUUCAAGCUCCGGCGGGGGGCCGAGACCAGGAGAGGGUGUGGCUGGCACGCAUCCUGGGUGCAUGGCGCCCAGCACGGGAGGGGGGAGCCAUGAUGGCACCCCACCGGGAUUGUGCCGCCAGAGACGGUGCGCUCCCCCCGCACCCCUGUUCCUCUGCCAGUGCUCCUUAGUGACUCAUUUGAAAGCCGGUACCAGAUUGAAGAACAUCAGAAGAGCUUUCUGGAUCAGGCCCAUCUAGUCCAGCAUCCUCUUCUCACAGUGGCCAACCAGAUGCCCUAAAUGGGAAACCAACAUGCAGGAUCUGAGCACAAGAGCAUCCUUCUCCCCUCCUGGGGUUUCCAGUAACUGGAAGCAUCUCUGCCUCUGACUGUGGAGGCAGAGCAGAGUCCUUGUGGCCAGGAGCCAUGGAGAGCUUUGUCCUCCAUGAAUUUGCACAAUUCUUUUAAAAAGCCAUUCCAGUUAGUGAUGGUCGCUGCCCUCCUGCAGAAGUGAGCUCCAUCUUUUUCAGCAAAGCUGCCUUCCUGGCCUGAGCCCCUUUGUCCUCUGACCUGGGGGUGGCGCUCUUCCCAACAGGACUGCAUGCCAAAAUUGUGCCCCCCCUGUGAGGGCUCCCCUAUCCAUGUCCUUGGGCCUCUCCCCAAUUCACCACUGCCCUGUACGGCUCCUUCCCUUGCUGCUCCUUCAAGGGGGUCUCCACCCCCCUUGUUUAAUCCUCCUCAUCCUUCUCUGUGGCUUCACGGGGCUCAUUCUUCACAUGGGGGCAGGGAAGACUUGCCCCCUUUAAAUGUGUUGCUGCAAGAGGAUUUUAGUUUUUGUUCUUUGCUGUUUCUAUCUGAUUUCAGCAUUUCUGUUGCGUUUGCUCUGAAAGAAAUCACCUUGAGGUACCUGAGCGCAAAAAAUGCAGCUUAUAUUUAUUAAUAACGUCAGCUGCCGCUACUGCAUUUCUAACCUGCCCUGUAUCAAAUGAUCUCAGAGCAGGUUGCAAUCCAUAAAUAUGCCAAUACAACGUAAACUGUAAAAACCACAAAAAUCAACCAUGUGAAAUCUAAUAACCAGUGGCAAAAUCCAAUAUAGGGCCAUUAUACAAAUCGGUGGUGUGACUGGCUUUGGAAUACUGUGCUGUUCUGGUUGCCUCCCCUCAAAAAGGACACUGUAGAGUUGGAGAAGUUUCAGAAAGGGGCACCAAAGUGAUCAAGGAGGCAAUGAGGCUGCCAAAAGCCAGUUGCUCAAUUCGCCAACAAAUUUGGGACCUAGAAUUUCAGUGUCAUGUGAGUGAGAUGAAUAAACACCCAGCAGUCAAAGAUGGUUUUACCCCAGCAAUAUAUCUGUCAAAAUUACAAAUAUCUAAAUAUAGACGGUCGUUCACCCUCGCUAGAUUCAACGUGCUGCCAUCUGCCUUAUUGCAGGGCAGAUCUGUGGGUAAACCGUAUGUGGAACGAGUUUGCUGCUUGGCCUGAUAGAGGUGGAAACCGUCUCUCAUGUCUUGCUAGAAUGUCGUUUUUAUGAGGAUAUUCGCUCGGUCUUUAUCACCCCUGUUAUACAGAAAAUUCCAAGUGGGUCUGAACCUCAGUGCUUAAAAUUCCUGAUAGAGGAUAAGGAUCCAGAGAUCACGCCAAGGGGGGCCAAAUUUUGCGUGGCUGCCAUAAAACUCAGGGAACAAGCUGUGCUAUUACAAAGACUAAGGUCUCAGGUACAAACUCUAGAUAAUAUUUUAGAGACUAAGACCUAAACCACAUUUCCAAUGGCUGUCAUAUUCAUAUUGUUUAUUGUCAUAGUUGAUUGUUAAUUCAGACUUAAUUCUAUUGUGUUUUAUGUUCGCUUAGUACGGUUUGUGAAUCUGGUCUGGGACCAUAAUAAAUUUCAUUCAUUCAAAUACCAGUUGCUGGAAACCCCAGGAGAGGAGAGAGGAGCUCUUGGGCUUGGAUCCUGCUUGCGGGUUUCCCAUAAUGGGCAUCUGGUUGGCCCUUGUGAGAACAGGAUGCUGGGCUGCUUGGACCCUGGUCUGCUCCGCCAGGGCUCUUCUCAUGAUCUGAACAUGAGCAUGCAGCUCAGACACCACAGCCUCCACUAAGAGCCACCCACACCCCAAAUUCACUUGGUGCCUUGACGAGACCAAUGGUGCCAACCAGGCCUAAUCCUGAAUUCACUGAGAACAGGAGGCACGCUAGACUAGAUGGCUGGAUCAGCAGGCUGUUCUUGUGUUCUUUUGCACUUCCUGGCUGCCUGAAUCGCACAACAGUCUAGAUCAUGGGUAGGCAAACUACGGCCUGGGGGCUGGAUCCGGCCCAAUCUCCUUCUCAAUCCGGCCCGCAGACGGUCCGGGAAUCAGCGUGUUUUUACGAGUAGAAAGUGUCCUUUUAUUGAAAAUGCAUCUCUGGGUUAUUUGUGGGGCUUAGGAAUUCAUUCUUUUUCCAAAAUAUAGUCCGGCCCCCACAAGGUCUGAGGGACAGUGGACCGGCCCCCUGCCAUAGGUUUCUGGUCUCCUUGUCAGCCCCCCAGCAGAGUGGCCAGUGGGGGGGCUGAUGUUGCUGGACCCCAGCCCCCCACUGGCACCCCCAAUGACUGGCAGUACAGAGAAGGGCAGAGGGGAGGGCCACAAGCGGUUUCUUCAUCCGGUGCAUGCACAUUCCUCCGCUGCCAACACUUUCCUCCCUUGGCCUAUGUUUUGCAGGGCAUCUGGGGGGGGCAGCAGUGGGGAGAUGGGGGCCAAGAGGAGCCCUGUUGGCUGAAAAGAAUUGUUCUUUGAUGCUGUAAGGGCAGCACCGUGGGGGCUCCACAGAUCAAGAAAUGAAUAGAAAUAUCUCUGGUGCCGGCAUUCUCCGAAGCCUCUUUUCUGAGUUUAUCCUCCUCGGGAAAAUGGAUUGUUUACAAUAUCAUCUGUUUCCUUAGUAAAUCUAAAGCCCGUGAAAUGGGGAGAAUCUCAUCUCUUACCUGCAAAUAUUGUGUGAAAUGGCAAAUCUGCAGAAUUGCGCACCCCCACCCCCACCACUACUGUUGCAGUAGUCAUUGUGCAUUGCUGAAUUACUUUCCAGGGUGUAUUUUAGCAAUACACGCUUAAUAGCUGAAAGGGGAAAUAGAAAAAGAUAUUUCUGCUUAUUUCUUUUUGUUUGGGUGCAUUAUUAUUAUUAUUAUUAUUAAACACGUCGUAAUUCCGUUUUUUGAUACUUUUGUGCUGUGAGAGCGAAGGAAGGGAUUAUCCAUCUUGGGUGGCUCCUCUUAUCCGACAGAAUAAUAUCUAGGCAGGCAUGAUCGUCAGUGUUAUCUGUGAUUCUCCUAUGCUUUCUGGGGGGCCCUCGCCUGGUUCUGCAGUCAAGCAGGGAUGUGUCUGUCUGUGCAUUUGUGGUCAUGCUGGAUUCAGCAGGAUUUGUCAGCAAACAUGCUCAUCCAUGGCACGCAUGUGGCAGUCCUCCCACUGACCUCGUGAGGCGCAUGGCUUGUUCUAGAGCUGUGGCUCCCAAAGUGGGUGAUGGGACAUGAGUGGGGGGCACUGAGAGGCAAGGGGGCAGCAGGGGGACGCUUGGGGUGUAAAUGGCCACCAGACUUUGAAAAGCUGACAGAUCAAGUGCAUCCAUUUUGUUGCAUUAAUUGGUUACUGUUUUGAGUUUUGUCGUGUUAUUGCCUUCCUUAGUGGGUUGUGCAAACUGCUAUUCUGAAGAAUGCUUUUUGUAGGGGACAGUAGAGGAUGAGUUUGUGGAACCAAGGGGGUGGGCCCCCCAAAGGUUUUGGGAACCCCUGAACCAUAGUUAAAUUGAGCUUUGAAUUGUCUUGCUGGAUGGUCGGCUCAGUGUUCCUCUGACUCCUAAUUCUUCAUGCCAGCUGUGGUUAUAAAAAGAUGUUGGAGAAGGUCUGGGUUGCACCUUAACAGCCCCCACACUAUGCAAACCUCCAGAGAGGAGGACUUGGCUGCUUUGCUCACCCCCAAUUCUCCUCCUUCCCCUCUCACCUGAGAAAGGUCACCUGAACCCACAUCUCGUCGUCUCGCUCUCCUGAGUCUGGGCAGGCCAGGAGGAGCAACCAAGGAUUGUCGGAGUGACAAGAAAUUCAGCAUGUCAACCCAGCUGCGAAAAAGGCAAAUUCCAUGCCAGGGAUCACUAGGAAAGGAAUUGGAAAUAAAUCUGUUGAUAUCAGAAUGCUGUUCUGCAAAUCUGUGGUGCAACCAGAUCUGGGAUGCUGUGUCCAGUCUUGGUUGCCUCACCUCAAAGAGGAGAAUGUACGGUUGGAAAAGGUCCACAGAAGGGCCGCCAGAAUGAUCAUGGGGGCGGAGAAAGGCUGCAGAGUUUGGGACUUAAUCUUAAACAGAGAAAAGGCAAGUAAGAGGAUAGAGGUUUGUAAAAUUGUGCACAGCAUGGACUUCAUCUCGCAUAACACUGGAACUCAUGGACAUCCCAGGAAGCUGGAAGAUUCCGGACAAAUAUACCAAGAAAUGACUUAUUCAUGUAGCAGAGUUAAACUAUGGAGCUUACUCCCAAAGGAGGCAGUGAUGGUCACCAACCGAGAUGCCUUUAAAAGAGGAUCAGACCAAUUCAAGGAGGAGGAGGAGGAGAGGGAUAUUGACGGCUGCUGGCCAGGAUGGCUCUGCUCUGUUUUCAUGGUGGGGGCAGUAAAUGCUUCUGAAUACCCCCUGCUGGAAGCUGCAAGAGGGAAGGUGGCUCUUGGCCUUGAAUCCUCCUGGUGGGUUUCCAUAAUGCCAUCUUCUUGGCCCCUGGGAGAUCAGGAUGCUGGAGUAGGUGAGCCAUUGCCAGGAUCCAGCAGGCUCUUCUUAGGUCCAUUUAAAUGGGAUUUAUUCCCCAUAUUUAUAGACUAUUUUGUAACCCUAGAGUUAGGCCUGAGAAUGGGAUUUUUAUUUUUUAUCCCAGCGGAUCAAGACCCACCGCUGCAUCCUCCACACUCGGCUGCCUGCUCAGCCUCCGCUUUCUUCCUUCGCUGCUUACCUUGAAUAUGAAAUUGUAAGUUCAGAUGCUGUUCCACAGAGAAUCUGUGAAUUUGGAAGGUACUCCAAGGGUCAUCUAGUCCAGCCAACCUUUGCUCAGCAACCUCCAAUGAAGGAGAAUCUGCUGCCUUCUGUGUAUGCAACUUCCUGCCUCUCCGAUCUCUUUCCUGAUCACUGGUUUUGUGCCAGUGAGGAAGAAGAACAUUGGGAUUUCGCUCUGAUAAAAAUCGGGUUGCAGGGAGAUGGCAUUGGGGGCCCCCACGAAAGGCCACUUCCCACUGGGGCUUCCAGCAGGAGGUGAAUGGUUGUUGCAGCUUCCUCUGGCCAUCCUGAGAUGGUCCUCUCUUGGCAGUGCAUGGGGGAGAUCAGGGAAGCAGAGAGGAGUUCAGGUGGGUGGCCCUGGAGAUGUGGGCUUGCUCUUGGAAGCUGGUGGCGAACUCUCUAAGCUUGAGCCCCGGAGUCGUGGCCUCGGUGGGUCUUUGGCUGCUGCCGUCCUGCAACCUGCUUGUCUCAUGGCUCCAAUAGUCACCUGGGGCCGGUGGUUUGUAACACCCUCUCCUAGCAUGGGGGACUCUCUAGUUUUAGAGAAAAGGCAAGUGAGAGGCAGCAUGAUAAAUGUUUAUAAAAAGCUGCAUGGCAUGGAGAACUGGGCCAAAACGAACAAAGCGGAUUUCAGUAGGGACAGACACAAGUUUUUACACUCAAGCAGGAAGAACCAGUUGCACACAUAGAAGAUACUUAGCUGUUAUGGAAAUGACAUGCCCCCCCCCACAUCUUUAAAGUUGUUACAAUGUUACAAAUAUUAUGCCUGAAUGUAUCCUUUCGACUUGACAGCUCAGGGAAGAUACCUAGCUUUAUAAAUUCGUAGAAAAUCCAUUCUUUAACCAACUCUCCUCAUUCCAACGCCAUUUUAACCCUUAAAGAAAGGUGAAUUUGGGCUCCACCUCCCUCCAUGAACCAAGAAGCAGGAAGUCACGUAGGCAGCAGGAACAGGGCAUCCCACCACAAUUCUCCAAGUGUGAGAGCCCAUACACAUCAGGGAGCACCCCACCCAGGGAGUGACCAAGGGGGCAGCAAUGGACAUCUGCAGAGGCAGUUUAGCAAGCCAGGUGUUCUGAAAGCCCACCUCCAGAUAAGUCCUGAGGGCAAGGAGAUGUAAAAAGUUUUAUUGUUCUUUUGGAGAUACUUAAGAGGGGUUGGGAAAGGUGUCUGAGAAAGUGACCUAAUGUUGAACUUGUGUAACCCUUGUAUACCCCUCCUAGUGAUGUAGAGGCGAUGUGUCAAUGAUGCUGCUCAAAGUGUAUUCUGGGGGAAAGAGGGAAGGUUUAAAAGAGGAUGUCACCCCCUGCUCGGGGUUCUUACUCCUGGGGAGACCUGUUGCGCAACAAUAAAGAUCGUGGUCUACUGACCACUGUUUUGCUCCUAUAUUUGGCUGGAACGUCCUUCCUUUCUGACUGUAUAGACCCGCAGGCUCUGCCCAACGAGCUGGGCUCUUGAGUAUCCUCUCAACCCAGAAUUUUCCUUAACAUGGCUUACCAGCAGUACAUGUGGAAAAGGUCUGUGGGUCUUGGUGGUCCACAAGCCUCACCUGAGCCCACAGUGUGAUGCAGUAGCAGCAGAAGAAAGCGAAUGCUAUUCUAGGCUGCAUCAAGAGAAGUCCAAUGUCCAGACCAAGGAAAGUCAUGGUACCCUCUCUUCUGCCUUGAUCAGACCACACCUGGAAUAUUGUGUUCAGUUCUGGGCACCAGAAUUUGACCUACCUGACAGGGUUGUUGUGAAGGUGAAAAGGGGAGGAGCACGCCACUUUGAGCUCCUUGGAGGAUAUUGGUGGGCUAAAAGUGCAAGAAGUAAAAAUAAAUGCCGAAGCAACGAGGUCUCAGACGGGCGAUUUCUGCACGCUUGAUUCCUCCAUCAGAGGGCCUCUAUUGGUGGUCCUGCAGAAGGGGUGACAGGGAGCCCACCCAGGACCCACAAGCUGCCCUUGCCUCCUGCCUUCCCUGCUGUGUCAGGCGCUGGCCUUUGUGAGGUGGGGCCUCACUCUGGCUCGCAGGAGCCGUUUUGUCCGUCAGCGCCUGUUUGGUUGCUUUUCCUGGAACAGUCAUGAGCUUCUCCUUAGCGAUGCAAGACUCCACAGAUGACAUCAACCUGGCAGGUGGGCUGUGGCUGCCGUGGGUCCCUCCCCACAGGUCUGAGUCACUCUUCCUGGCUUCUCUUUGAGGGAAUGGGAAGUGAAUGCCAUAACCUCCUUUCUGCAUGGCAUCCACCUGUCUUUGUGUGGGAUGGAGAGUGAGAGCAAGUUUCACGACUACCCUGAGAUCUCCCAGAGGGUUGGACCUGAAGUCCGCUGGGCUCAAAUGGCAAGAAAGAGGAUUUAGAAGAAACCUGAGGGAGAAAUUCUUCCUGGUGCCAGCUGCACUGCUGUGCCUCAGCCUGUCUGGGAACAGGGUGGCCUCUCCUGGAGAAGCCAGGUUGUCAUACUGGACUUCCUGCCUGGGCAACUUUCAAGAUUGGGUUGCAAGAGCACUCGGUUUUUUUGCUGGAUGUAGAAAUGGCUGGAAACCCUUUAACCCGCUAAGUGCAGCUUCACAGUGAUGGUUGGUGGAGGAAUUGUGGACCUUGGAUCAGAGGUGAGGCCACAGAGAGCUUGGGGAAAUCAUUGUAUUUGGGCAAUGGAUCGGAGUCCUGGUAUUUUAGGCGCAGCUGGACACUGGCUCUUUCCUAACUGUCCUCUACCCCUUUAAGGUAAUCCAUGAGCCUGAUUUCAACUUCUGACUUUACAAGUGGUUCAAAAACAGAAUUUAAAAGAGAUUUCUGCCUGGCAAAUGUUAGAAGGCUUUUGAAUUUCACAGCAGAGAACAUGUGUGUGUAAAUUGCCUCCCAGAGUUAGUCUUAUGGCACCUUAAAGGCUAAUUGCAGAUAUAUCAUUAUAUUGAUUGAUUGAUUGAUUGAAUGCAUAUAUAUUCCACCGUUUUCUCCAAGGAGCUCAGAGUGGUGUACAUGGCUCUCCUCCUCCUCAUCUGAUCCUCAUAGUAACCUUGCGAGGUAGGGUUAGGUGGAGAGGCAGUGACUGGGCCAGGUUCACCCAAUGAGCUUCAGGCUGGGUGGGAUUUGAACCCAGUUCACUACUAGUCUGACAUUCUAACCACCACAUCACACUGACAUGGUGGGCCUCAGGGAUCCCUGGUCAUCCUUGAGAGCGAUGUGCUGGGCACUACCACCUGGAAAGGGGCACAUGGCACAAUUGCAUGCCCCCCAAGCAAGGGAGAAAGCUUCUUCAAUGGUGCCAGCUUCUCCUGGUUGUCUCUUGGCCUGCAUGGAGGGGCAGGGGCAAGGGAGGGCUAUCAAGGGCUCCUAGCUAGGGAAGAGGGCUCAUGUGCUCGGAUCCUGCUUGCUGGUUUCCCACAGGCAACUGUUCAGCCAUUGUGAGAGCAGGAUGAGGACCCAGGUGAACUACUGGCCUGUUUCAGCAGGAUCUUCUGAUGCUCACUCUCCUUCCUUGGAGAGCAGAGGUUGGGUGGUCAUCUGUCCUGGAGACUCCUGCAUUGCAGGGGGAUGGACUAGAUGACUCUUGGGGUCCCUUCCAACUCUACCCUUCUACAGUUCUAUGAUUCUCAUGGAAACACAGAAGAGCAGGCUCUUCUGGUGCUGUUAUGCAAGGGAAAUGCCGUCAUGCUCCUCAACGCGCUCGAGCAAGCGGCUUUCUUGGUAGCAACGGCAAGAGCAGGUCCUAGUAAAUGACAGAUGGAGAGAGCUAUUCUGGCAGCAGGCUGAGGAGAUGCAGGCUGCUCUUCAUCAGAGCAUCGGAAAAGCCUGCUGGAUCAGGCCAAUGGGCACCACCUCGUAGGGCAUCCCGUUCUUGCCCUGGCCAUCGGAUGCCCCAGGGAGAAGCCCACAGGCAGGAGCUGAGCAUAAGAGCCCUUCUCCAGCACAUCCCCCACCCAGCCCACCUUUUGGAAAAUGGAAAGCUGGCUGGAGUCUGUUCUCUCCCUUCCUCCCACAAAGGGAUCACCCAGGGGGAAAGGAUCGGGUCCUUGGCAAGAGCGAGCAGCCAAGUGGUGCUGGCAUGUCUGCCCCUUAAUCACAUCUUGGUUUCAACACCUGUUUGGAAAUCUGACUCGAGGUGUGUGGCACCUUGAGAGUUCUGUGCUCCUAGGCAGAAUGAGAAAGCAAGGAGACCCAAGGCAAGCAAGUAAAAAGGGUGUGGUUUUUAAUAUAUAUAUAUAUAUAUAUAUAUAUAUAUAUAUAUAUAUAAACAACAACUGGGGAAUUUGUGUGGCUUGGUGGGAAUUGUCACAAGCGAUGUUGAGAAGCUGCUGUGUUGGCGUUCCAUGUGGCAAGCACCAACGAUUCGUGAUUUCCCCUCCCUUGCAGGCCUUGGCACACGCCGUCCUGCAAAGUAUGGAUGGGCUGACUCCUCUCAAACCACCCCACCACCUAUGAACACCCUUCCAAAAAAUCAGGAUAAAAGGGGCUUUGGAUACCUUAACUGCAAAUGAGUUUAGAGUUGCCCACCAAAGGUUUUCCCGAGUCCAGAGUGGGUCCCAUGUGGGUCACACUUUUGACACUUGGUUGUGAUGAGCAGGCCUCUGGGCAGAUGCAGGAAAAGGCAUCUUGGACCCGUGACGCUCCUGGUUUGGCGGAUGGCUUUGAGCAGAUCUUCCUCUGGUCUUGAGCCAAGAAUUGUAGCGGAAUCACGAAGGCGAAGCCAGGAGGGGGGUGGCGUCUCAGCAAACCACCUCUGGGGGCUGGGCUGGCGGAUGUGUAGCCUAGCUGUGCCCUUUGUGUUUGUGCUGCAGGCAGUGACUUAGUGCCUGAAUUUAUCUCCAGGCAAAGCUGAGGGUUGUGUAAGUUUCCUAGAUAAAUAAAGGAACUGGGCCACUCGCCCACACCCUGCCCUGUCCGGCCAUCUGGCCAAGGAAGGCCGGAAGCCAGAAUUGAGAGCCACAGCUUCCUGAAUUCUCCUCCUCCUCCUCCUCCUCCUCUUUCUUCAAGUGGCGCUGGAGUCGAGAGCUAGUGGUCCAGGGACCAGGCACUGCCCCAGCAGGGGACAAAGGCCUUGUCUCCCAAGAUGAUGCUUGCUAGCCCUCCUUGUGCCCCCCUAAAAAAUUUUCUGCCCCCCAAAACCCUCCAAAUAAGUGAAACAGAGAAAAAGGUUCCCUUCUCCUGCAUGGUUGGGGGUUUGAUGGCCACUCUUGUUUUGGAAAAUCUCCCACCCCUUUUAAUUUGUCCCGCCACUGGAACAUCCUGUCAGAGGAAGGAUUCUGGCUCCCUCACAAAUCUGUCCUUGGGUUCCCCACAGAGCGAACAUCUUCAGAAGGUGGUGGAGUCUCCUUCCUUGGAGUUUGGAAGGUCCUCUGCCGUGGAUGCUGGAGAUUCCUGCAACCCUCCCAACCCCACCGUUCUAUGAGACGAUGAACUCUCCAGAACGGAUUUGAGGCUGUCCUAAGGCACAUCUAAUGCCACAAAACACCUUCAUCAGUCGGAAGGUUCACCAAAGCAAGAGCCUGGGGUGGGGCUGGUAAAAGGAAGCUGUCUUGGCACUGAAUCUGCACUUCAUUUUUGCAUUGGGCUCUAAAUAUUGUGUCUGUGCACACCGCACAACUGGCCAUCCCAUUCUAGCAAUCUUUAAAAUCUCUGGCAUACCUGGGUAUCAGUUAGUUGCCCAGAGUGGUUGGGGCAUCCCAGUCAGAUGGGUAGGGUAUUGCUGCUAUUAUUAUUAUUAUUAUUAUUAUUAUUAUUAUAUUGUUAUUAUUAUUGUGUAUGUCUGUGUUUGGGGGAAGCAAUACAGAAUCUGAGCACCGGCAGAAGCUGCCCAUUUGCGGUCAGACACUUAGAGGAGGGCUAGCAAAACCCCCAGAGCUUGUGAAAGAAAAAGUCCUUCUUCAUGCAGCGCCUGGUUAAAUUGAAGAAUUCACUCCGCAGGAGGCAGUGAUGGCUGCCAACCUAGAUGGAUUUAAAACUGGAUUAAACAAAUUCAUGGACGGCCAUGGGUGGCUCCUGGCUAGGGUGGUUCUGCUCUGCCUCCACAUUCGGAAGCAGCCAGGCUUCUGAAUGUCAGUUGCUGGAACUGCAGGAGGGCAGAGCUGCUCUUGCGUUCGAAUCCAAUUUGGGUUUCUCACUGAGGCAUCUGGUUGGCCCCUGUGGGAACUGGAUGCUGGACUAGAUGGGCCAGGGGCCUCAUCCAGCAGGGCUUUUAUUACAUUCUUAGGCUGCCCCUUCAGUCUUGAGAUGCCUUCUGGGCACUGGGCAGGCUUGGUCCCUGCAACUGGAAGUGGUCUUCCAUGGAUCCCUGUUUGAACUGGGAGCUGUUUCAGCCAGUGUUCGUGGACCCCUGGCCUUUGGGUGGGAGGAAAAGGUCCAUUUAGCUGGAGCCCCCGCCAAGGGUCCCACCACAAAGUCAUCCCUUAGCAAGCCUUUACCUGAACAUUGCCCCCGACCAGAUUUCGUCUCUGUGCCAGAGCUGCGAGUGUGUCUCCUAUCUCGAAGGCUCAGAUGAAGAGAGAGCUGAGUUAAGAACAUUAGAACCAGGAGGCCUAUAAAGGCCAGGCGAGAGAAACACAAACAGAGGCCGCCUCCUGCAAGGAGGACCUUGAUCUGCCUCAAGAUACAAAUCUCGACUUGCUUCUUUCAUGCAGUAUUAGUGGGGGUGGGGACAAUGGGAGCCAACAGUCUUGUUUGGGAGGUUAAAAACAUGGUUUGUUAAUAAUAGAAUAUGAGUUUAUCCUGCAGUUGUGAUGUUUGUCCUGUUUUUUAGUUGCUGGUUUGGUUAUUAGCGUUUUGUAGAUUGCAGUUGUUUUACUGAUGAUUUGUUAAUUACAUUAUAUGAUUUAUGCUGUACUCUUUAUGUUGUUCUCUUAUGGCUAGUUAUUGUUUGUAAGCCACUUUGGGAAAACAGCAUGGAAGCAUCAUCAAUCAAUCAACCAACAAGCCCCUUUGGAGCAACUAAUACUUUUCCUGGGAAAGGGCCUUUCAACAUCAGGGGAAGGUUUUCGCGUCCCCCGCCCAGCCCCUUCUCUGUUUUCUGCCUUUUGCAGAAAAGGCUGCUUAUUUUUCAAAGCCCUUUGUGGUCUGGCAGCUCGGAUGUUUGAUCUGCCUCUUUGAAAAAAGGACAGGGGGAGAUAGAUUCCUUCAGGGUGCUGGGAUUGAUUAAAACGGGCCUAAUAAUAAUUAGGUCGAAUCAAACUUGUUUUUUAAAAAAUGUAAUUGGAUCUGAGAUUAAAGUUCUGCAAUGAUGAUCCUUGUUCUGUUCUGUAAUCUCCAGACGGGGUCUGGGCUGGGCUGCCAUCUUAUCUGAGGUCUGAUGGGGGCUGUUCUGGGUGGGGAGAGGGCAGGACACCCCUUAAGUCUCUGAGCCCAACAUGGGGGGGGGGUUAAUGCUGCCAGUGGCUCCCCUGGGGGUGAGUAAGGGAACUCUGCCAGGAACAUGGAAGCCCUCCUGUCUCCAUGAUGUGUUGUGUGAUGAUUAGAAUCCCCAUCUCUGCACCUUGUUCAUAGAAUCCCAGACUUGUAGAGUUGGAAGGGAUUCUCCCAGCCCCCACAAUGCAGGAAUCACAUCUCAAGAAUCCCUGACAGAUGGCCGUCCAACCUUUGCUUAAAAACCUCAGAGGAAGGAGAGUCCACCACUUUCCAUCAGAAAGUUCUUCCUAAUAUUUAAUCAAAUUCACAAACCAUUCAACCUGGGGAGACUCCUUUAAACAGGCAGGCAAGGGGAUGGGGACCAGUUGCUGCUUCGUCCAAGAUGAUGGGCGACCAAGAAGAUGAAGGGUCUAGGAAGUCUUGUGAGGUGGAGGGAGUUGGGUGUCUUUAGCCUGGAGAAGAGGAAACUGAGAGGGGACAUGAGAGCCACCUUCAAAUAUCUUGUAGGCUGGAGGGAGCGAGCUUGUUUUCUCCUGCUCUGGAGGGGAGGACCUAAAUCAGUGGGUUCAAAUGACAAGAAAUGAGAUUUUGUGUACUGCAGGGAGAUGGAUUCAACGACGCUCAGGGUCCCUUCCAAGGCUACAUUUCUAUGAAGCCUUCUCCCUUAUCUGCAAUUUUUCCAGGUGCUGGUUUUGAACUUCAAGCCUCUUCAUGGUGAGGUGCCUUUUACAUAGAGUCAAUGGAAGGGACCUGAGGGUCACCUCGUCCAACUCCCUGCAAUGCAGGAAUCACAUCUCAAGAAUCCCUGACAGAUGGCCGUCCAACCUCUGCUGGAAAAUCUCAGUCCACCACCAUCCGAGGGAGUCCAUUCUACUGUUAAAUAGCUCUUGCCAGCAGAAAGUUCUUCCUAAUGUUUAGCUGGGAUCUCCUUUCUUCUCAUUUGGAUCCAUUGAAUAUUCCGCCUUGGUCAAGCCCCACCUGGAGUCCUCUGUCUAGUUCUCAGCACUCCAAUUGGAGGAGGAUAUGGAAAAGCUGGAAGGUGUGCCAAGGAGGGAAACCAAGAUGAUCAAGGAUCUUGACCAAGCCUUAUGAGGUGUGCUUGAAGGAGCUGGGUAUGUUUAGCCUGGAAAAGAGAAGACUGGGAGGAGAUAUGAGAGCCAUCUUCAGAGAUAUCUCAAGGGCUGUCACAUGGAAGAGGGAACAAGCUUAUUUUCUCCUGCUCUGAAUGGUAGGACUCGAACCUAUGGCUUCAAGUUACAAGAAGGAGAUUCCGACCAAACAUCAGGAAGAACUUUCUGACAGCAGGAGCUGUUCCAUAGUGGCAUGGAUUCCCUUGGGAGGUGGUGGACUCUCCGUCCUUGGAGGUUUUUAAGCAGAGGUUGGAUGGCCAUCUGCCAUGGAUGCUUUAGCUGAGAUUCCUGCAUUAUAGGGGGUUGGACUAGAUGACUCUUCUCCUCCCUUCUAACUUUACAAUUCUAGGAUUCUAUAACAGACAGUAUUCAAGACUGCUAAAUAGAGCUUCCUUGUAGAUUAGCAGUAUAUCUGUGUGGCUUCUCCUGUUUCCAGGCCCUGCUUGUGGCCUUUGCAGAGGCCUUUGGCUGGCUGGCUCUUGCUGCUGGGAGCAGCUAUGGUGGAACUUCAUGGUGGUGUGAGGGGUCUGGUGCAUCUUUGCCCUGAUCUAGCUGAGCAGUCUCUUCUUUGUGGAGAAGCUGGUUGUGGUGGUAGCUGAGGAGACUGAAGAUCAGGAAGAGCUCCCUGAUGGCAAGAGCUGUUCAACAGCGGAUGACCUUGGAAGGUGGUGGACUCUUGUUCCAUGGAGCGGUUGGAAGGCCACCUGCCAGGGAUUCUUUAGCAUUGCAAGGGGGUUGAGCUAGAUGAGCCUUGGGGUCCCUUCCAACUUUAUAGUUUCAUGAUUCUAGGAGACCCAGAGAAGGCGGUGCCAGGGCUUAACUGCCACCCCACAGCAGACGCCGACCAUCCUGGGAUGAGCUGGAGUUCUGCUCCCGCUGGCGAUGAGUUUGAUGCACCUCCGGAUGAGUUUAUUAAAACUCUUCUCUCUUUGCUUGAUGAAUUUUUCAUGUCUGCAGGAUGAAUUGUACAUAGCCCAAAAAAUAAAUUAAAAUAAGUGCACAUAAAUCAUUUACCAUUCUUGGCUCCUGGAGAAAAUUUGUUUCCGUUGCAGGGCUUGUCCUUUUUUAGACGGCAUUAUGAUUAUCCCCAUCUUCUGCGGCGUGAAUAUUCCUUGAGAUGAUAAGGACGUCGUGUCUCUGAGAGAUCCAAAUCACAUUCUUUUUCCCCCGUUGAAGAUGGUCGGAGGAAGCCUCUGCUUCUCUGCAGUGUCCUGGAACAUGUUGGAUUAGCUUUAUCUCACUUUCAUACGGAUAGAGCAUCCGUUAGUGGGAAAGGCUGCAAAUAAAUCUUGCUUCUUAAAGGGCUGAAAGAGACGCUCUUGUUCUCGCACAAUAAGACCCAGAUUGUGUCUGCUCUGCACGGAGCCAUCAAUUUUCUCUUCUGUCCUUGCGGCAGCCUUAGAAGUCUGGUGCCUGUUUCUGGAACAAUGCGCAUUACGGAAGGGUGGCCUAGUGGUUAGAGUGCAGGACUCGGAUCUGGCAGAGACCAAGGUUCAAAUCCCCCCCUUGGCUGGGUUACCUCGGAGGCCAGUCACUGCCUUUCAGCCCAGCCUACCUCUCAGGGGUGUUGUGAGGAUAAAACAGGAAGAUGAAAACCGUAGGUGCCACCAACAUUUGAGGAAAAGUGGGAUACAAGCUCAAUAAAGGGACCCCAAGGGUCACCUUCUCCCACCCCCUGCAAGGCAGGAAUCGUGGCUAAAGGAUCCCCGACCGAAGGCCUUCUGGCCUCCAAGGAAGGAGAGUCUCAUCCUCUUCGCUGCCCAACAGCUCUGCCUGCAUCUCUGCAUUUAUUUAUUUCACAAUCAUUUAUUCACCCCCCGACUGUGAAGCAACAACACCCUCAAAGUGGUUUACAAAGGGAAGAAGACAAUGACAUUGUCAGUAAAAACAACUCUUCUUUCUUAGUCGGAAUCUCCUUUUAUAGAAUCAUGAAAAAAGGAAAGAAGAUUUCCUUGUUAGAGACCAUUAGGAACGGUAUUUUUUAUUUUUAUUUUUCAAAACGCCCUGUCGUCCUAUGAUUUUUAAAAUACAGCAAAGGUGUCAAAAAUAUAUCUGUCCUGAUUUUCUUAAAAUAUACAUUUCACACCAGUUGACAGAAUUAAAAAUCGACAAAAUAUUAAUGUAAAUAGUAAUUAAAAAACUAAGAAAGCCAGGAAGACGGUCUGAAGCUGGGAAUGUGGCGUGAUUCAUGAGGCCUCUCUUGAAAUCCAUAGCAGAGCCUCCCUUUAAAUACUCAAAGAAUCAUAACGUCGUAGAGUUGGCGGGGACCUGGGGGUCAUCUAGUCCCACCCCCGUAAUCCAGGAAAUACAGCUAAGGGAUACCUGACAGGUCGACACCCAACUUCUGCUUAAAAAGCUCCCAUGAAGAGACUCUGCCUCCCACUCUGGGCAGUUCUGGUUGGUCUGCUCCAAACAGGACAUGGCAGAGCUGGAAAAGCUCCAGAAAGGGGGACCUGGUGGGGCCAAAGCCCUUUCCCUGCCCAGAAGAGGUUUCUGUAGUGGAGACGAGAAAUGGGGAGAUGCAGGAGGGGUCUGCCCUGGCACUUGCCCCCGCCCCAUCUUCCCUGGGGGGAGGGCAGGUCUUUUCCCACAAAUAACUCCUUGGCUCCCCUCUGGAGAAGAACAGGGACCGUCUCAGCUCAGGCCGACUCUUGGAGGCAACGGGGAGGGUGGGGUGGGACUUCGGAAGGGCUCCAAGUCCCUGUUUAGGUCUCACUUUUCCAUGAGUAACACUCAAAACACCUAAAAUCAAAAUGGAAGAAUACAAUUCUAUUUUUUUUUAUAAAAAAACAGCAAGAAGAAUUUACAGUAUCUUAAUAUUUAGAACAACUUGGUAAACCUCAUUAUGGUUAUAACAUAAAUGCAGUGGUACCUUGGUUCCGGAAGUCCGUUCCAAAACCAAAGCGUUCCAAAACCAAGGCACACUUUCCCAUAGACAGUAAUGCAAAAUGGAUUAAUCCAUUCCAGACUUUUAAAAACAACCCCUAAAACAGCAAUUUAACAUGAAAUUUACUAUCUAACGAGACCAUUGAUCCAUAAAAUGAAAGCAAUAAACAAUGUACUGCAGUCACACAAUCAAUCAAUCAAUCAAUCAAUCAGUAGCUGUACUGGGUUCCACACAGUGACAAAAAAAAAGAGCCACAAAAACAAAAACACAAAAUAAAUAGCCAAAACAGACAGACUUCAGCGUAACACUCAAAAUGGAAGUGUGGCACUCAAACAGAGCAUGUUCGGCUUCCGAAAAAAGUUCGCAAACUGGAACACUUGCUUCCGGAUUUGCAGUUUUUGGGUUCCAAGUACCAAGGCAUCUGAGAAGCAAUGGACCACUGUAUCAAGAUAUCAAAUCAUGAAAAAGCCACUCAACAAUUCAUUAAAAUAUUUAAGGCCAUGGUUAUAGUCUGCUGGAUCAGGCCAGCAUCCUGUUCCCACUGUGGCCAGCUAGACGCCUCUUCUGGGAAUCCCAGAACCAGGAGCCGAGCACAUGAGCCUCACUUUCCCUGCUGUCCUGUCCAGCAACUGCUUCCAGAUGCACUGCUGCCUGUGGAGAGCCGUCGGGAGCCUUAUUCUACUCCGUAAACCUGCCCUUUAUAAGCCAUCCAGGUUGGCGGCCAUCUCUGCCUCUUGUGGGAGGGAGUUCCACAGUUUAACUAUGCUCUGCAAGGGACUCAGGUGGCCUCAACCACUGAGCCUCUUGGACUUGCUGAUCAGAAGGUCAGCGGUUCGAACCCCUGCGAUGGGGUGAGCUUCCGUUGCUCUGUCCCAGCUCCUGCCAGCCUAGCAGUUCAAAAGCAUUUGGAUAAAUAGGGAUCGCCAUGGCAGGAAGGUAAAUGGUGUUUCUGUGCGCUCUGGUUUCCGUCCAGGUGUCCCAUUGCAUCAGAAGUAGUUUAGUCCUGCUGGCCACAUGAUCUGGAAAGCUGUCUGUGGACAAAUGCUGGCUCCCUUGGCAUGAAAGCGAGAUGCACACCGCAACCCCAUAGUCGCCUUUGACUGGACUUAACCAUCCAGGGGUCCUUUACCUUUAUCUUUACCUGCAUGGCAAAGGACUUUAAUCUACCUUGAGUCUUCCGGCUUCACGGGACGUCCACAAGUUCUAGUGUUAGGAAAGAGGGAAAGGGGCCUUUCUUUUCCCACUCUCUCCUUGCCAUAUAUCCUUUGAGAAACUUCUCUGAGCGUGGCUUGAUCCCCCUGAGUGUGCUUCCUUUCUCCGCCCGUCCCGUGCAGGCGCCAACUCUUUGCACAUUGGGGUGUGUGCAUCAUUUCGCUGAGAGGAGAGUCACAUGUGAGGUGGUGGCAGCUCCACCUGCCCUUCACCAGCUCAUGGUGGGCAGAGGUCCAAGUUGCGUUGUGAUUUCGCAUUGCCAUUUGGCGUCCAGAUGGCUGGGUGAAUCAGCUUCGAGGCCGAGAAUGAGGAAGAAUAUUUGGUCAGCCAAGAUGGAGGCCUCCUUGAGUUCUGCUCUGCUCAGUCAUCCACUCUCUACAUGGCUUAAGCAUGUGAAUUAAAAUUGAGUGAAGCUCGGUGACUAAAAGUGAAAAAGGAUGAUUCAAACUUGUUUAUUGUAAUCUUUGUGCCAUCAGCUAAUUAGCAGAAAAUCUUGUCUUGAUUCCCCUUGCAGCCUCUUGGUCAGAUGGGCUGAAUCAGCUGGGCUGACGCUCCGCAGGUUUCCUCCAAAGUUCAGUCCUACUGGGCUCAAGGGAGCUUACUCCUGAGUAGGACUGUCCCACAGAAGACUUAGACAACAAACUAGUCAUGAACUUUGUCUCUUAAGCAGGACAGGCCUAACUCGACCCAGAUACAAUUAAGUACAGCACCACCUAGUGAAUAAAUGAUAUGAAAGUUCUAUCCACGCAGGGAGCACAAUAUUUCAUCUUGUUUUUAUUAUUGCUUGUAAGCCGCUCUGAGCCCGGCCUUGGCUGGGGAGGGCGGGGUAUAAAUAAAAAAUUAUUAUUAUUAUUAUUAAUAUUGCACCCUUGAUUUGGUGCCAGUGCCAAGGGGAUUGAAUUAUUCGAUGAGAAAACGUUUAAACAUUUAGGACGCUUUAGUUGCUCCAUCUUCCAUGAAGCAACCCUGCAGAUAUUUGAAGAUGGCCAUCAUAUUACCUCUCAGGUUCCUUUUCUCCAGGUUAAGUGUACCCAACUACCUCAACCAAUCCUCAUAUGGCUUGGUUUCCAGCCCCUUGGUCACCCUCCUCUGCCCACCUUCCAGCUUGUCAACACCCUUCUUAAAUUGUGGUGCCGAGAAUUGGACACAGUAUUCCAAGCGUGGUCUGACCAAGGCAGAAUAGAGUGAGAUUUCAACUUCCCUUGAUCUGGACACUAGACUUCUGUUGUUGCAGCCUAGAAUAGCAUUCGCUUUUUUUGCUGCUGCAUCAUAUUGUUGAUUCAUGUUCAGCUUGUGGUCCAAGACCCCUAGAUCCUCUUCACAUGUACUGCUAGUAAGCCAAGUGUCCCUCAUCCUAUAUUUGUGCAUUUGGUUCUUCCUGCCCAAGUUCAGAACCUGACAUUUGUCCCUAUGGAAAUUCAUUUUGUUAGCUUGCGCCCAAUUCUCCACUCUGUUAAGGUAACUUUGAAUUCUGGCUCUGUCUUCUGUGACAUUAGCUACCCUUCCCAGUUUGGUGUCAUCUGCAAAUUUGAUGAGCAUCCCCUCAAUUCCUUCAUCCAAGUCAUUUAUUAAGACAUUGAACAACAACAGGCCCAGGACAGAACCCUGCAGCACCCCAAUUGUGCCUCUGGAAAUGCUAGAUGAUGAUGAUGAUGAUAACAACAACAACAACAAUUAUUAUUAUUAUUUAUACCCCUCCCACCUUGCUGAGUUUCCCCAGCUACUCUGGGCGGCUCCCAACAGAAUAUUAAAAGCACAAUAAAGCACAAGUCAUUAAAAACUUCCCUAAACAGGGCUGCCUUCAGAUGUCUUCUAAAAGUCAGAUAAUUGUUGAUUUCCUUGACAUCUGAUGGGAGGGCAUUCCACAGGGUGGGCACCACCACCAAAAAGGCCCUCUACCUGGUUCCCUGCUUGAACAUCCCUAUAAAAUCUCAGGCAUUAAGGAGAAGAAGCUGGAAUCUGGUUUUCCUUUGCUCUCUUCUGGGCAAGAGAGUUAUUCAGAAAGCUUUUCCUUCUGGUGACUGUUGGGAGGGAAUGGGGGACAGCAAAUUAUUCCAUUGAUUAUUUAUUGAACAUGGGGAUGCUGAGAGCUUGAUUCAGAUUCUCAAACAGCAAACUGGAAGGUUGUAUGAAAUUUCACACCUGCUAUGUUACAAUGGAGGCUAGAAGAUGCUUUUCAUUCCAACUUUUCUGUUUUUUCUUCCUACUCAACACUUCUGUGAUUCUACACCUAUCAGAAAGGUCCAUUCUUGGCCUUUUCUCCAUCCCCCUGAACCAUCCUCCCUUUAUUAUGGAAGAAAUCUCUUUUGGGUUCCUCACUGUGCUUCAGUGACUGUAUGUGGUGAACAGAAGAGACACGAGUUCUGCGUCCUCAUUUUUGGGGUGGUCCUCCUUUGACUGAGUGGGAGAUGAUGGAGGUGGGAGGAGGUGUGUUGGCAGUGAGGCAGCUCCUCCUGAGCAGGUUGGAGAAGGAGGCAGCUGUUGCUGGGGUGGGGUUGCCAUGGCAUUGGCUUGGAAACCGCACUUUGGCAGUGGGAUUUGCUGGGUGACUUGAGCAUCUUGUGGAGCCCUUGCGCAACUGCCUUCUGCCAUGCUAGUCCUUCACUGCCCCCGACCACGUGCUGAGCACAAGAACGUGAGAUGAGGCUCUUGGAUCAGGCCAAUGGGGCCCGGUCUCAUCCAGCCUCCUGUUCUCAUGGUGGCCAACCAGAUGCCCAUCCACAAGCAGAACCCGAGUGCGAGAGCAACUCUCCCCAAGAGCCUUCUCCAUUAAUGCCCUCUUAAAGCCAUCUUGGUUGAUGGCCACCAUGACUUACUGUGGCAGGGAGUUCCACAGGAUAACUAUGUAUGAAGGACUUUCUUUUAUCCGUCCUGAAUCUCCCAACAUUCAGAUGGUGACGGUGAGGAUGAUAUUAAAUUUAUAUACUGCCCUUCAUCCAAAGAGUUCAGGGCAAAUUCACAAAAUAAAUAGUUAAAACAAAAGCAAAAACCAUAACCCCAUCAUUGAAUGUUUAUGGGAGAGGAAGAAAAAACUUUUCUCCUGGACAUGUGUAAUUUUAUAAACUUAUAUCAUGUUGCAUCUUCUCUAAACUGAAAAGCCCCAAACAUGCCACCCCUCCGUUGUUUUGGUUUCCCAUUUCCAAACUUUCCAAAGCUACAAAGUUCUUGACGUAAGGCAACCAGGACUGGAGAGUCUUCCAAAUGGGGUUACAGCAUAGAUAAAACUAUAAUAAGUAGAAAACAAGUAAAGUGGUGAUAUAAAUGCCCCCCCCCCAGGAGAAACUGUGGCUCGGAAGUGACUUCUCUCAGUGGCUUAUGGAUCUCUUCUGAAAAAUCCAGAAAGGUUGCUCUGGGGCUGAUCAUUCUGGUGAGGAGGACCCAUGGAUCCGCCCCUCCUCACCUGCCGCUCUUUGGCUGCCUGGAGAAGAGUCUCCAGAGCUCAGCUGCCCCCUCUGGGGGCUCCAAGAUGCUCUUUAUUGCAGGCGCGCGACGCCGUUCCGCACCGCCGCAAUUAAAAAUGAAAAAUAAAACCGAGAAUGCAUAAAAAAUUCAUAGGCCACAGCAAAUUAAUAUCAAAUCAGUGGUGUGUGCUGGUAUCUGGAAUUAACACUAUUAUGCUAAUCACUAAUCUGAAUUCAAAUUGGACAACUUGAAAGCGGAGAGGCAUUAAUAGCAUUUUAAAUCAGAUUGGCUGAAACCUGACAAUUUAACUACAGUCAGGUGGGCUCGACUGCCCCACUCUCUGCCUCUGCAGUUGGGGGGGGUGCAAGGAAGGAGAGCCAGGGGAAAUUCUGCUGUAUUUGGGGGCGGGGGAGGGCGUUGGGGAGAGGAAGCAGAGCUUCGGGCACUUCAAUUCCCCGCCCCCUGCAUUGGAUUUUGUGUAUGGGUGUGUGAAUUCAAGUCCUGCAAGAAGCUUCCAUUAUGAACCCAAACGCUCACUGGAUUCUACUUGCGACAGCCUUGUGAGGUAGGAUGUAGACUCAUUCACAGGGAGGGAGAGCAGGGCAGCUACUUGUGGGCACUUAGUUGGCCAUUGUGGGAAGAGGAAGAUGGACUAAACCUCCCCUCCAUUUAUUCUGACAGUCAGUAAGAGCUAAUCGACAGUGCAGCCGUCUCCAUUGGAAGGUGGUGGACUCUGCUUCCGUGGAGGCUUUUAAACAGAGGUUGGGGGCCAUCUGUCAGGGAUGCUUGAGCUGAGAUUCCUGCAUUGCAGGGCGUCAGGCUAGAUGAUCAUGGUUCCAGCCAAACUUCACAAUUCUAUGGUCUUAUGAUAUCCUUCCUCUUCUUUGGCGAUCCCUUGUAGCCGAGUAAGAUUGUCUUCCAUGAACACGGUCUUAACAGUAAGUCCAUAAGUGACUGUGUAGGCUAAUUCUGGAUCCACACGUCCUUCCUCAGUGGGGAUAUUGAUUUCCGGGCAGGAGUUGAUCAUGGUGUGGAUUUGCCAAGCGUGCCUUCCUCUUAGCACGUCUCUCCCUUGCGUCCUAAGUUCAAGUGUCUUCAAAGCCCAGGACACCUUUGGUCAAGGCUGUUCUCCAAUUGGAGAAAUCAUAAGGGAGUGGACUCUCCUUCCUUGGAGGCCUUUAAGCAGAUUUUGUGGGGUUAUCUGUCAUGGAAACUCUAGCUGAGAUUCCUGAAUUGCAGGGGGUCAGACUAGAGGACCCUUGGGGUUCCUGCAGCCCUGUGAUUCUAUGCUGCUCUUGGCUUGAGGGUUGCAGCUUCAGAAGCGAAAGAUGGCCCAGGUGAGAAGGAGCAGCCUGUUAUCUGGGCCUCUUGCCUCUCAUCUUGAGGAGGGUUUGAUCCCCUCAUCCCUUGACAGAGAGGCUGAGAUGUUGCCCUUGAGCCCUUCAGCCUCCCGGGCUGGAAAAGAAGCCUCUCCUCCCCGCCCCCCUGGUCUGUGCCAUGCUGCCUUUUGCUAUUUCUGAGCCUGCCGGCCACGAAUAGCCCCACGUGUGUCUCAUGGUGUAAUGUGCAGGAUGCUCUGAGUGACUUAGCGUAACUGGAUUACACCCCGCGGAUGCUCUGCGCGCUCCAACUUUGUCCCUGCAGACCCUGGGGCUUUGCCGGGUCUUACGUGUCAUUGGACCGCGGCUUAGGCAGAAUUAGGCCACUCAGGGGCCAACUGUCUCGCCUCGAGGAAGAGCAGGCGGCCAUCUCUGAAGGGGAGGCCGGCUGGGAGACACACUCAUCCCGUGGAGCAGGCGGGAGCUUCUCCCACCUCCCGGGUUCCAGAGCGUUUUGCAGGUAGCUCACCCGGAAGCUGCCUGAUCAGCCACGCGCAGGAGGGGAGCAGCAAGAGACUCAUUGACCUCAUCCAGCAGGAUGACUCUUAUCCCAUGUUUGUGUCCUCAAAAAUGCAUCCUUGCUAGGGCUGGGCAAUGUCUGCUUUUCAACAUUUUCUUGUUCUUUGGCAAUCCCUCGUAGCCGAGUAAAAUUGUCUUCCAUGAGCACGGUCUCAACAGUAAAUCCAUAAGUGACUGUGGAGGCCAAUUCUGGAUCCACACAUCCUUCCACAGUGGGGACAUUGGUUCCUGGGUGGGAGUUGAUCACGGUGUGGAUUUGCCAAGCGUGCCUUCCUCUUAGCACGUUUCUCCCUUGCGUCCUGAGUUUGAGCGUCUUCAAAACCAGAAGACCUCUGUUCUCUAAUUGGAGCACUCUCAGGCCAGUGUUUCCCAGUUAUCAGUGCUUAUACCACAGUUUUUUAGAUUUGCCUUGAGAGAGUCUUUAAACCUCUUUUGUUGACCACCAGCAUUACGCUUUCCAUUUUUAAGUUCAGAAUAGAGCUUUGGAAGACAAUCAUCAGGCAUCCGCACAACAUGACCAGUCCAAUGAAGUUGAUGUUGAAGAAUCAUUGCUUCAACACUGGUGAUAUUUGCUUCUUCCAGUACACUUGCAUUAGUUUGCCUGUCAAGUGAUGUGUAGAAUUUUUUGAACACCAUUGAUGGAAUCUUUCAAGGAGUUGGAGAUGGCCUUUAUAAGUGGUCCAUGAUAUGUUGUUGUUGUUUAGUCGUUUAGAUGUGUCCGCCUCUUCGUGCCCCCCUGGACCAGAGCACGCCAGGCCCUCCUGUCUUCCACUGCCUCCCGCAGUUUGGUCAAACUCAUGCUGGUAGCUUCGAGAACACUGUCCAACCAUCUCGUCCUCUGUCAUCCCCAUGAUAUAGCACCAGCUAAAGAUCGCAAUAUGUUGAUAUAUCACGAUGUCUGAAAUAAGGGUGGAGCUAUGUAGAGGCAUCGGCUGGCUUCACGGUUUUUCCUCCAUCGUGAUUUUUGCCAGCUUCUGCUCCUGGGAUUCACUGCUCCCUGCAGGAGGCAGGGGAGAACUCAGCCGGCAGAGUUAGCAGGCUCAAGAGAAGGAUUGACUCCCUCCGUGUUCCCCCCCCCCACAUUGAUUUUUGCAUAGCACACACAAACAUGCAUCAUGAUUUGCGAUAUUUUGCCAGGUCAAAAAUUAUAAACCCUGUACCAUGAUCUCAAGGCAGUUUUGGGCGAUGUAUUGAAAUAUUCCCCAGCCCUAAUCCUUGCUCUUCUUUGUGCAGCACAGAGUUAAACUGUGGAACUCCCUCCCACAGGAGGCAGGGGUGACCACCAAACUAGAGCUAAAUUCACCAAAGAGAAGGCUUUUGAUGAUGACUAGUCUCAAUGGCUCAUCUCUGCCUCCACAGUUGGAGGCAGGAAUCCUUCUGAAUCUCAGUGUUGGAAACCUCUGCUUGUUGGAUGGGUGAUACGGAAUCUGGUCAUGAUGCAAUUAAUAAAACGGAAAAUAAAUCCAUGUCAACAAUCUGCUAGGAAUUUCGAGGUUACUGUCAUGAGCAGUGAUGCAGUUUUCUGAAAUGCUUGUGCUGACCUAAACAAAUUGGGAUCUGAGUUACGAUGUUUGAUUUUUUCAGUUUAGUUGACUGAACAAGUGCACCACCCCCAUUUGACCUGCUCAAAAUGCCCCUCCUCCCCAAAAUAGCAGUUAACUAUAACUGAAAUAUUUGAUUAAGGAGAAAGCAUCUCUCCAAUGCACUUAACAGUAAAAUUCUAUGUGCAUCUUUUUAAAAGGACGUCUUGUUGAGUUUUAUGGGACUUAUUCUCAUGGAAGUGUCUAUAGGAUCACAGCCUUAAUCUGGUUUCUGAGUAAUUUUCAGUAGAUUUAUCCCUUUCCUUGGAAAUUAAUAUGCGAGUUCUUGUAAAUGUUUUCAGACACGGCCAAUUAGUUGCAUGAGACAGAAACCUAAGGAGAUCUUGCACAUCAUCUUAGUUUAUUUUCAUGCUGCCUUUCCAUCGUUAAAAGCCUCAAGGUGGCUCGCAACAUGAAACGAUUUGCAUAUUUACAAAAAUGGAACAAAAGCAGUCAUAAGCAAUAAGGGGUCUCAUAUCAAAAUGUACACAACAAAAUUAAACAAUCCCCACAUAAGUCAUAAUAAGUUCUCAAAAUAAAGAUAUGAAAAGAAGCUGGUCUCUGGUCUCUCUGGAAGCCUCAGCACUGGCAGCUGACGUCCGUCAAUCAGUCAAGGGGGCGGGGCUCUCUGCUCCACCACCCCAAAACCCUUCCUUGCAUGUUUUCUAGGUUUAGGGAAUUUUGCAAUUAUAUUCUUCCCACCGGUCACCUUCCGAGUCUGGCUUACUAAAAGAACAAUGAAACUGGGCCAGCACAAUCUGCUGCCUGUUUGGGGCACCCGAAAUGUGGGAUUGGGAGGAGGAGGAGCUCAGCCCUGAGCUGGACUCUGUCCAAAGGCAGCAGGAGGGGGGGUGGAGGAGGACAUCAUCUUGGGGUGGGUGGACCUGUCAGUUUGGGUUUUUUUAAGUCCUCAUGAAAAUUCAUCAGCAUUUCAGUGCAGAGUUCUCCUGGUAAACACACAUUUCUGCAAGCAAUUUCCCCCAAUGCAAAGCAUUUUUCCCACAAAUGCAUGCACCCCCACCCCCGCCUAAUACUCCGGACAUGCACCUUUGUACCCCUUGCUUGGCUGGAGAAAUCCAGAGAGCUGCAAAUUCCAAAGGGGAGGCUGCAUUUCGGUUCUUGUAUUGAUUUAGAAAGGGCAUCUGAGGCCUGGAGAGCAGUUCUGGCGGGGCGUCCAGACCUCUCCUGGCUAAAAGGCACAAAAGGGAUUUGCACAGAUGUCCUCCAGAGCUUCAGGUUUUGCUGUUGUGCUUGGAGCUCUCAAUUUGGAAGGGAAGGAAGCAUCUCUUCCUCCUCCCCUGCCGCCCUCAAUUAGGAUACUAUUUCUCAAGGACCAGCAGUCAGUUGAAAGGAUUGUACGUGGGGGCCAGCGAGCCGUCUGCUGGUGGGGGCUGUGGAGAGAUGCCUCAAACGCAGGACGCGGGGCUUGGGAGUCAACAGGCCACAUUUCAUUGAUCACAGAUGUCAGUAGGUUUGGGUGGACUGGAUCCUGAAUCUUCCAGCCCAGCUGGGUUAAGGCUCUCCCUAUGGAUAAGGGUGACCCCACAGGAUUGCCCUCUGAAGGUGUGCUGUGACCCACUGAACUCUGACUGGGCAUCUGGGCAGAAGCCCCUCUCCCCGGACCCCUUUAACGAGGCACCCCACAUCCUUGGAGGAGAGCAGGGCUCCUUCAGGCAAGAUCCAGCUCCAACUGAGCUGUCAGGUCCUGCCACAGCCUCCUUAAAUGCCCCAAGAGGGGGCCGCACUGGAAGAAGGGACUGGGAAGGCUGCUUCAUUCCCCAGCCCACACCCACUGGCCCCUCCGGGAUUGGCUGGUGGCAGGGCAGGCACCACCAGCGUCCUCUGCUGGCCACACAAGGCGCAACAGGCUUCCCUGGUGCAGCAGAGAGCCGGUCCAGGCCACCAGCCCUGCUCUCCACGGAAGGUGGACAACCCUUCUCUGCUCUGAGGAUGGAGGCUGAGUCAGGAGGAAGAGUCUUCGCCCCCACUCCGCCUGCUUGAGGGUGUUGCCAAAGAGGAGCAGCAUCUCACUCGCCUCUGAGGCAGGUGGGAGUCAAGGCAGGACCCCUACCCAGCAAAGCAAGGAGAGGACCUGGAAGUGGGAGAGGUGGGCUCAUGGUGGGGAAGGCGGAAUUCGCCCCCUGCCCUGCAGCACGAGUGAAAGGAGAAUCGGGCGCUCACAGUCUUCUGGAGAAGACUUACACUUCUGUUGAUACAGCAUAGCAUGUUGUUGUUUAGUCGUUUGUCGUUGUUUAGUCGUGUCCGACUCUUCGUGACCCCCUGGACCAGAGUACGCCAGGCACUCCUGUCUUCCACUGCCUCCCGCAGUUUGGUCAAACUCAUGCUGGUAGCUUCGAGAACACUGUCCAACCAUCUUGUCCUCUGUCGUACCCUUCUCCUUGUCCCCUCCAUUUUCCCCAACAUCAGGGUCUUUUCCAGGGAGUCGUCUCUUCUCAUGAGGAGCCUCAGCUUCAGGAUCUGUCCUUCCAGUGAGCACUCAGGGCUGAUUUCCUUCAGAAUGGAGAGGUUUGAUCUUCUUGCAGUCCAUGGGACUCUCACGAGUCUUCUCCAGCACCAGAAUUCAAAAGCAUCAAUUCUUUGGCGGUCAGCCUUCUUGAUGGUCCAGCUCUCACUUCUCAUAGCAUAGCAUGAGUUUUUUUGCAGCUGCAUCACACUGUGGACUCAUGUUCAGCUUGUGGUCCACCAAGACCACUAGAUCCUCUUCACAUGUACUGCUAGUAAGCCAAGUGCCCCCCAUCCUAUAUUUGUGCAUCUGGUUCUUCCCGUCUAAGUGCAGAACCUGACAUUAGGAUAGUCUUAGGUUCUUGUUUCCUUAAGGCAGGGACAGGAACAGGCAGGUCAGAAAUUGAACCAACAAGCAGGUCUAGUUUCAGGCAUGGAGCCCUUCCCAGCCUCCCCACCCCCCAGCUGGAGAUGCUGCCAGGGGCUUCUGCAAGAAACAGAGGGGCUUCUGAAUGGCUGGUAUCUCUUGCCCCUCUGCGCCAAGACUCAAGUCCAGCACUUUCCCUCCUGAUCCUCCACACACACUGGACCAGGGGCCACACGCUGUUCCCAAGCAGUGGUGCUGGAGGAAUGCCCAGCAGAGGGGGGGGGAGAAGGAGGCAGCUGCCCCUGGCUAUCACUGCCACAAGAAUGUGAGAAGAGCCUGCUGGAUCAGGCCAGAGGUCCGCCUAGUUCAGCAUCCUCUUGGUUGGCCAGAUGCCCCCAAUGGGACCCCCCAAGUGUCACAGCGCUCUCCUCCUCCUCCUCUUUCUUUGCAAAUCAUCUUUAUUGGUUUCUUUUAAUUUAUAUUCAUAGAAUCACAUUUUAACAUAUCAGUUCUCCUACGGCUAAACAUGUAUUUCUAAAUAAGAAUAAAGAAAACAAAAAUAAAAAUUUGUGCUUAAUCGCUUGAUUCAUUCGUAUUCCUUUUAUACUUGACUUCCCUCCCCUUCUUACUUGGGUCCUCAGUUUUACUUCUUUGAAUGCUUCUUUUAACACAUCUGAGAGUUUGUUUUCCUGUUUUUCCACUAUAUUUUAGUAUUGCUUUUCUUACAGAAGUUAUUCUAAACCGGUCAAAAUUUCAAUUUCCCCAUAACGGUCUUUCAAAUAUUGUUUGAAUAUGUUACAAUCUUUUUCAAAAAAAUUCUUUCUCUUAUCUGCAAAGUCAGCUUGUCCAUCUCCGCGCUCUCCUCUUUCUGGAUUUCCGGCGACUGGCAUUUGGAAGGACUGCUGGCUCCCUCUGUGGAGACAGAGCAGAGCGACCCUGGCCUUACCCUCCUCCUCUGUGAAUUUGUCCAAUCCUCUUUGCCUCCUGUGGGGGAGAGUUCCACGGUUUAACUGUGCUCUCCUUGGAGCAGGGAGAGAAGGGGAGGUGCAGGCCUGGCCUCUUCCUCCUUGCACUGGCUGGGGAGGCCUGCUGAGAGGAGAGGGGUGGGUGGGGUCCUCUCCCCCCCGCCUGCUCCCUGCGCAUUAUUGCUCCCCCAUCAAUAAUUCACAGGCUGCUGCUGCUGUGGCUCCACCAAGACUCUCCGGCUGCAUCCAUUAGAGGAGAGAGGAGAGAUGUCAGGAACCCGAGAGCCGCAUCCUGGAGGUGCUGCAGCGGCUCCUGCGAAGCAGCUGACCUGGCGCUUCUCUCUCUCUCUGGCAAAACGAAAGGCUGCGGCUUCUGCUCUCCUCCCUUCCAGCCUCCACAUGUUGCCACGGGGGCCUCCUCUUCAUUUGCACCCCAGCCUUGGGAGGCUUCGCUGGAAGCAGAUGGGCUUGGAGCUUGGAGGGCCCGAUAAAAAGGCAGAGCUUCGAGAGGCCUUGAUGCAGGAGGAAGCGUGCUCUCAGGCGACGUAGGUGACUUUUGCACCCGCAGAAGAAGAUUGAAGAGCCUGCUGGAUCAGGCCAAUGGCGCAGCUUGUCCAGCAUCCUGUUCUUGCAGUGGCCGACCAGAAGGCUGGAGGUGGAGCCUGGUAGCCUUGCAGAGCCCUCUCCUCCUCCUCUGUGAAUUUGUCCAGUCCUCUUUUAAGCCAUUCCAACUGGUAUCCCCUGCGGGAGCAAGUGCCACAGUUUAAUUCUGUGCUGCAUGAAGAAGUCCCUCCUUUUAUUUGCCCUCCCACCUUCAGCUUCAUGGGAUGUCCAGGAGUUCUCCGUGUUUGGAGAGAGGGAGGACACUUCCCUUCCCCCACUCCUUGUGGAUGGUGUCCUGCUGGAGACUCGGCUCCUACCAAGCUGCCCUUCAGAGCUUUCUGGAAAAGUUUCUUCUUCCCCUCUCUCUCGCAACCACCCCCCAUGCCCUUGCAAAGAGAGGGAGCCCACCUUCAACCCCUGUGAGACUUGCCUUGGUCUCUGUUUCCUGGAUCUCCCCCUCCCAAUAUGAUUUAGAUUAGGCCUGUGGGAAGCUGCCUUAUCAGACCAGACCAGGCUCUGGGUCCAGCUCCCUGACACAGGCUCUUGGGGGGUGGAGUUGGAAGGGACCCCAAUGGUCAUCUCUUCCAAGCUCCUGCAGUGCAGGAAUCACAGCUACAGAAUUCUUUCCAUCACCUGUCCCCCUUUGGAUCCGCAAGCAAACCAUGCCUUCUGCCAUUGAGCUCUGGUCUCUUCCUCUGGGCUUCUCCCUUGGGAGAAUGGAGGCUGGGCUGGGCAGAGACCUUUCUUAGAGGGACAAACAAACACAGACAUAUCUUCUCAGUGAAGCCUGGGGUGAGCCUUAGAGGGAGAGGCCCUGUGCGUUGAUGGUGCGGCGUAAGAAGUGACGGCAGUGCUGGGGUUAAUCCAACGUGGAGCAAUUCAGGAGUUGAUGGAUGGCUUGCAACUUUUCUCGGAGCUUUCCAGGAAAGGUGGGGGUGGCAUCUCUGAGCCACUUUGCUUCCAAGCUUGCAUAGAACUUGUGUGCCUAUUGAUCUCUUCCAUCUUUGGUCUUGCUACUAAAGGAUUCUCAAGGCAGCUCAUGAUAAAUGCCCAUAAAAUAUUAACACUGGAUAAUUAAAACAAUACACAAGCAGCAGGAUAAAUAUACGUGGAGGUCCAGGGAGAGAGCCGCCCACCCCUCUUCUGAAACAAAGAUGUCUGUUCCGGAGGGAAGGAAUGAUCUGCUCUUUCUCCUCUCUCACUUACAACCGCCCCCCCCCCAAGAAGAGACUCUGAGCAGCGAUUCUCCUCAAGGUCUCCGCAGAGUAAAGGAGUCUGGCUUCACUGAGAUGCAGAGGGUGCUAAAAGAAACACUAAGGCUCUCUCCUCACUCCAGAUCCCAACGAUGGAAGACUCAGGGCAGGCCAGAGUCCUCUGUCAGGGAUGCUUGAGUUGUGAUUGAGGGAGGGGGUUGGACUAGAUGACACGUGGGAUACCUUCCAACUCUACAGUGUUGUGAUUCCCAUGGUGCAGGGUUAAACCCUGGAAUGUGCUCCCAGGUGUGGACAGAUUCAUGGAGGAAGAGGAGGAGGAGGAGGAGGAGGAGGAGGAGAGGGCUAACAGUGGUCACUAUCCAGGAUAGCUCUGCUCUGCAGUUGGAGACAAGUCAGUGGUUCUGCAUACAGUGGUACCUUGCUUCUCAAACUUAAUCUGUUCCGGAAGUCCGUUCCAAACCAAAGCGUUCCAAAACCAAGGUGCGCUUUCCCAUAGAAAGUAACACCAGACUUUUAAAAACAACCCCUAAAACAGCAAUUUAACAUGAAUUUUACUAUCUAACGAGACCAUUGAUCCAUAAAAUGAAAGCAAUAAACAAUGUACUGCAGUCACACAAUCAACCAGUCAGUAGCUGAACUGGGUUCCACACAGUCACAAGAACAAAAAAAAAAGAGGGGGCACAAAAAACAAAAACGCAAAAUAAAUAGCAAAAACAGACAGACCUCAGCGUAACACUCAAAAUGGAAGCGUAACAUUCAAAAUGGAGCACAUUCAGCUUCCAAAAAAAGUUUGCAAACUGAAACACUUACUUCUGGGUUUGCAGUUUUGGGGUUCCAAGUUGUUUGAGUACCAAGGCGUUUGAGAACCAAGGGACCACUGUACACGGGUUAGCGGAAACCACAGGAGAGGAGAGGGAGGCUCAUGGGCCCGGAUUCCGCUUGCAGGUUUCCCUUGGGGCAUCUGGGUGGCUACUGUGAGCCCAGGACCCUGGACUGGAUGGGCCCCCUUUGGCCUGAUCCAGCAGGCUCUUCUGGUGCCCUUAGGUUUAUUCUCAAAAUCCCUUUCCAUUUUAAUUAAGCCCCCCCCCCCCGAAGAUAGGCUAUUCUGUGGUCGCAGGCGGCUCACCCUGUCAGCCUCAUCUGCCUUUUCCUUUGCUCCCCGACUUGUGACUCUGGAAGGGCAGGCCAGGAGGGGAGCCUCCAAGCAAAUUGGCGCCUGCCAUCCGUUUGAGCUGUCUUGGCUGCAGCAACGAGAGCAACUGGCUGCUCAACAUUUUAAUUAAGCUUACAAGGUGAAAAUAAAAUGAAAAAGCUGAAAGGAGCAAGUAGCAUUGAGGAGUUGUACAGUUCAGUUCCCGUGUCUUAGCUGUGAGGGUGCGAAGGAGGGAGAGAGCCCAAUGAAGCUGAACGUUGGAAGAUUCAGGAGAGAGGAAGGGAAGUCCUUCUUCACAGAGUUCAACCGUGGAACUCCCUCCCACAGGAGCCAGGGGUGGCCACCAACCUGGGUGGCUUGAAAAGAACAUUGGGCAAAUUCAUGGAGGAGAAGGAGAGGGCUUUUGAUGGCCACCAGCCAGGAUGUUCUGCUUUGGCUCCACAACUGGAGGCAGCAAUGCUCUAAAUCCCAGUUGCUGGAAGCCACAGGAGGGGAGAGUUGCUCUUGUGUUCAAGUCCUGCUUGUGGCUUGAGGCAACUGGCUGGCCGCUGUAAGAACAGGAUGCUAGACUAAGUGAGCUGUGGGCCUGAUCCUGCAGGCACUUCUUAUCCCUGGCAAGAGAUUGGCCAGCCUCUUGUUCUUGGGGUCUUGUCCUUAUGGGGUCUUCGCUGCGAGAUCAUAUUCACCCGGUGCUAUACCAGCUGCACUGGCUCCCGGUGGAGUACAGGAUCAGGUUUAAGGUGCUGGUUUUAACCUUUAAAGCCCUAUACGGCCUAGGACCCUCGUACCUACGGGACCUCCGCUCCUGGUAUGCCCCACAGAGAAACUUACGGUCUUCAAAUAAAAACAUCUUGAAGGUCCCAGGCCACAGAGAAGUUAGGCUGGCCUCAACUAGAGCCAGGGCUUUUUCGGCUGUGGCUCCAAUCUGGUCCCAAGAGACUAGGGCCCUGUGGGACUUGACAUCUUUCCGCAGGGCCUGCAAGACAGAGCUGUUCCACCAGGCCUUUGGCCAGGGCACAGCCUGACUCCCUCCUUCAGCAGUCUUCCGGAGCUCUGGCCCAAUGGUUGCCAUUGGUUUGAUUUGAAUCAAUUUUAUAAUGAAUGAUUUUAGAGUGUUGUGUUGUGUUGUACUGUUGUACUGUUUUAUUGUUGUUAGCCGCCCUGAGCCCGGCUUCAGUUGGGGAGGGCAGGAUAUAAAUAAAAUUUAUUAUUAUUAUUGGGACAGGCUCUUCCAUAGCUGAGCAUCUCGUAUCGGGAGGAGUUGACAUUCGCUUCCCUGUUGCAAGACCCACCAGUUUGGGGUCAGGCCUGACCUUUGGAGCAAUGGAGAGCAGGAUCCUGCUCCCUCUUUAGCUCUUCCAGGGCAGCUGCCAGGUCCCCUUUUCACUUUCACCUGAAUCAUCACCAUUGUUUAUUUGUGAGCUGCCUUUCCAUAGCUAAAUCCUUUCAAAAUGGAGAGAUUCAAAACAAAUGAAUCAAAACAAACACAGCAAAAUUAAAACACUCCCCACGUGAGUCGUAAAAGGAUUGAAAAAUACAGAUGCAAAAAAUAAUAAUACCAAUAGCAGUGAAAUUAGCAUCUCCAGAGUUCAGUCUUGACCCCAAGAAAACACCCUAAACAACACCCCACCCCGAGAGUCUGCAGGCGUCCUGAGAAGAAGGUCUUUCAGGGCUCACAAGUAAGAGGGCCUCUGUGGAAGCCUCAGCUCCUGUAGCUGGAAUCAGUCCGUCUGUCGGUCCAGCCACCAUCUGUCAGGGCCCAGAGCCCUCCCUUGCCAGGUGUCUCAAGAGGCUCGCAAGGCAGGGAGCCAAGAAUCUUCUCCACUCUGGACCUCCCCAGCUCCUCCAGCCUCCGUCCUGGUCUGCCUGCUCCUUAUAAUGUGGAUUUCCGUGUGUCUCGGACUCCAAACCAGCCUGGUCAGCGUAGAAGACUGUGUGUGUCUGUCUGCUGGAGACUCUGUUCCCACCCAAGCAGCCUUGGGUUGCCUUUGUCCUUUCAGCCACCUCCUGGUGACCUGCUCAGGUCAAAGACCCUCCUGGCACCUCCUGCUUGCUGAGCUUGCAGCUUCUGCUUCCAGCAAUGGGGCCUUUGGCUCUUGGGACCGAGGUCCAGGGUUUAUUUUAAAGGGAGGAUGUCAUCUCCCUAGUGCUGGCCCAGCCUUCCAGCCUGUCAACAUCAUUUUCCAUCUCUGUCAAAUCUGUAAGCGUUUCUGACUUUUUCCUGUCAUCCGUUAACAUUUUGCCGUUUCCCCCUAAGCGUCAAACUUCACCUUCCAUUGACAUCCUCCUCCUUACUCCACACAGAGCUGGGGAAACCCAUUUCUAUUGUUUUCUACGCCCCUUGCCAAUCUCAGCUCCUUCUGGGAAGACAGGGCUGCUGCUGCUGCUACUGCUCUUACACUCGGGCCCUCCUUGCUUUUGGGUUCUCCGUGGGGGCUUCUGGUAGGUCUCUGUGAGAGCCUCAGGCUGGACAUUGUAGUCUGCUAUUCUAGGCUGCAUCAGCAGGAGGUUGGAAUAGAUAACCCUCAGGCUUCCUUCAAACAAUACAAUUCUAUGAUUCUAGUGUCCCAAUCAACAGAAGCAAUAGUACCGCUCUAUUCUGCCCUGGUCAGGCCACACCUGGAAUACUGUGUCCAGUUCUGGGCACCAGAAUCUAAGAAGGAUGUUGACAAGCUGCAAGGUGUGCAGAGGAGGGCGACCAAGAAGAUCAAGGGUCUGGAAACCAAGCCUGAUGAGGAACGGUUGAAGGAGCUGGGUAUGUUUUGCCUGGAAAAGAGGAGACUGAGAGGAGAUAGGAGAGCCAUCUUCAAAUAUCUCCUGCUCUGGAGGGUAGGACUCGAGGCAAUGGAUUUAAGUUCCAAGAACAGAGAUUCUGACUAAAGAUCAGGAAGAACCUUCUGACAGCAGGAGCUGUUCCAUAGUGGAACGGUUUCCCUCGGGAGGUUGUGGACUCCUUCCUUGGAGGUUUCUAAGCAGAGGCUGGAUGGUCACCUGUCAGGGAUGCUUUUGCUGCCUUGCAGGGGGUUGGACUGGAUGACCCUUAGUGUCCCUUCCAACUCUAUGGUCUAUGAUUCUGCGCCUGACCCUUCACCCGCCACUUCCUCCGUGGAUGCAAGUGCAGGAUAGCAGAGUUCCAGGUGUUCAUUCUUUCCUCCUCGGCUUGAGAGAUGAGGUUGUCAGCAAGGCAUGGAUUUAUGGGGUGAUCUGCUCCCGGCAGAGUUAGAUUUCCAGCAGAUGCCAGGAUAGCUGAAAGCCCCCAUCACUACAGUUCUUAUCUGCAAAAGUUCAGUCAUCUGUUUCAGGAGAGUUCCUCCUCGUCUUCUGGCUGGCUGACAGGAGAUGCCUGUCCGCUCUGCUGUCCUCAGAUGUCUCGAAUUCCCCUAACUAACGUGUUCUAAUUGUUAUUUUAAGAAUUCCCCUCCUCCCUUUUGUACACUGCUUUGACCUUUCUAAUACGAAGCAAUUAAUGAGUUGUGCAAAUAAACGAAUCAAGCAACUAAACCUUUAGGUUUCAAUUAGAAAUGCAAACAAUCUUGCAAAGGAGUUGAGCUGCUAGCAUGAAGCAGGAACCUCAUCAAAGGGGAGAAACAGGCAACAGGUUUUUCUUGGUUACAGUGGUACCUUGGUUCUCAAACUUAAUCCGUUCCACAAGUCUGUUCCAAAACCAAAGCGUUCCAAAACCGAGGCCCGUUUUCCCAUAUAAAGUAAUGCAAAACAGAUUAAUCCGUUCCAGACUUUUAGAAACAACCACUAAAACAGCAAUUUAACAUGAAUUUUACUACCUAAAGAGACCAUUGAUCCAUAAAUAAAAGCAAUAAUCAAUGUACUGUACUAUAAAAUAAAUAAGACAGUAUUGUAGACGAUGAAAAUUAAAUUAUUAUUAUUUUCUUCCUUGCUCUGAUGCUAGUCAUUGUUUGGAGGGGGGACUUUUAUCCAUUUCCGCAGUCACACAAUCUGUCAAUCAGCUGAACUGGGUUCCACACCGUCACAAAAACAAAUUAACCGAAAAAGCCUCAAAAACAAAAACGCAAAAUAAAUAGAAAAACCAAAAGCGCCAAAUACAGUGGUACCUUGGUUCUCGAACGCAAUCCGUUCUGGAAGUCCGUUUGACUUCCGAAAUGUUCGAAAACCAAGGGGCAGCUUUUGAUUGGUGCAGGUGCCCAAUAGCCAUCAGAUGUUUGGCUUCUGAAAAAGGUUUGGAAACCAGAACACUUCCUUCCGGGUUUUUGGUGCUUGGGAACCAAGGUACCCACUGGGUGGAGGGGGGACUCUCUCCCGUCUGCUGCUGGGAGGAAGAGCAAGUGCUCCUGUCUGGAAUCUGUUUGCAAGGAGUUGUGUAGGGAACAGGAAAAGGAUAGUUAGCUGGACUUUAUUUCCAUGCCGCCUUCUGGCCAGAAAGGACUCCCAAGGCAGCUCUCAAGGAGCAGAAGAUAAAUAAAACGGAAGCAGUAAAAUGCAGCUUAUAGAAAUCUGGGGUAAAAUCCGAACAUCUCUUCCCCCCCCCCCCCCCGGGCAAAAUAAGGUCACUCUUCCCAAAUGCACACAAUACUCUUCCUGAGGACAAAAGCAUUUAUGAAUGUAAGAAGAGUUUCCUGGAUCCGGCCAGUGCCCAUCUAGUCCAGCCUCCUGUUUCUGUGUCUGGAGCCUCGCUGCCAAUGGCUCGCCUUCCCCAGGGUCAGAGAAAUUGGGGGCCUUUUCCUCAAGGAUGCGCUUCAACGUCACCCUUGGAAGUCCGAAUUAAUGCAAAAGAAUAUUCUCCGCGGAAAGGCGUAAAUGGUUUUAUUCCAAAAAUUUAUGGUGCCUUCCCAGAACGACCUGCCUCCCUCAAUGUUCAGGGCUGCUGGGGAAAGGGAACAAGUUUAAUUGGUACAUUUAUAGUCCUGGACUGCCUGGCUCUCCGCGAAGGAGCCCAGCCACUUUCUUUCCAACGCAACGUAUAAAUUGGAGCAAUAUUGGAUUCUGCAGAGAAGAGAUUACCCUCUCAGCUGCCUAUAAAAAUGAAUUUGUUUCUGUAAGCUUUUUCCCUUUGUCCAGUGGACACAAGAGUCUCCUGGGCGUCUGUGAUGGAGGCAGCAAAAGACCCAUCAGUGGCAUUGCUCGGCCUCUGGGCUCCUGACACCCUCUGGAUGUGGGGCAGGGGCAGACUGUCCCCCAUCAGGGCAGGCCGUGGGGGUCCUUGUCUGGGGGCUGGGAGGCCGAGCCCUCUGGACAUGAAGGGAGUUGGCAGAGGUUGCACGCUGACAUUUCCUAAACCACAGAGAGCAUUUUAAUAUGUUUUAUAUCCUGCCUUUUCAACAAAACAGUUUGCAAGGCGGCUAAUGUUAAGUGCACAGAACCAUGCGGGAUGGAAAUAAUUAAACGGAGGCAGAAGAAAAUCAGCAGCAAAGUAAUCUUCAGCCGUCAUAAAGAAAAAAAGCACAAUCUCCUUCCAAUAAAAUAGUUUUAACUUGGAAGGAAAGCGAAGUUGGAGCCAAGGAAAUUUAUCUGGGGGGAAGGGCGAUUGCACGGCUUGGAUCUUCAUCUUGCCUGUGGUUUUAGACAUGUGCUCCUAGGAUUGCAGAAUUGGGAGGGACCCCAACGGUCAUCUAGUCCAACCCCCUGGAAGGCGGGGGUCAAAGCUGUUUCACCUCUGCGGAUGGUUGAGGGGGAGCCAGGAGCUGCCGGGAGACACGAGUUUGGGAUGAUGGCAAAAACAUUGCAGGGGGUCAUCUCAAUGGUCCUGAGGGUCCCUUCUAAAUCUUCAAUUCUAUGAUUCUAUGAAAAAAAAAAAGGACUGAACUCCAGAGGGGCCUCUCCAAAAUUGAGGAAUGGGCAAUAAACCAGCAAAUAAACCAGCAAAAAUGGAAGGGUUGCUGAACACAAAUCCGGACACAGAAGUUGAACUUUUUUGGGGGGAGGCAAAGUUAUUGAGCUAUUUUUAAGGAAAUUUGCCAAAAAAUUCAACCCUUCUGGCAUGGGUUGCCAUAUGUCUGGGUCUAUAAGGACAUUUUUACCGAUUUUUUGAAAUUUCACCCGGACGUUAUUUCCAAUGGACAAUAAACACUGGAAAUUUUGCUGAUUCAGUGUUGAUUCCCACCAGGAUCUGUUACAUUGUGUUAGUACGCAUGUUGGGAAUCCGUGUUACCUGCAGACAUUUGCACAAUGUAACAACUUAUGUUCUAGCUUUGAGCUGUAUCUUUUUGAUUCACAUAUUACAUGGGUCGGCAAACUAAGGCCUGGGGGCCUGAUCUGGCCCAAUCACCUUCUAAAUCCAGCCCACGGAUGGUCUGGGAAUCAGCAUGUUUUUACAUGAGUAGAAUGUGUCCUUUUAUUUAAAAUGCAUCUCUGGGUUAUUUGUGGGGCAUAGGAAUUUGUUCAUUUUUCUUCUUCAAAAUAUAGUCUGGUCCCCCACAAAGUCUGAGGGACAGUGGACCAGCCUCCUGCUGAAAAAGGUUGCUGACGCCUGAAUUAGCUGUAUUCCUGCCCCAAAUUGGGCGGAGGCAACUUGGAAGAUCACCAGUUUCAUAAAGCAACAGGUUACCAUAACUUUUCUAUUAGAAGCGCACUCAAGGAUUUCCAGGGGUACACAUGACCACAUUAAUGGUGGCCCUUUGGGCCACUGCCAUAAUAUUUCUUCAGCUGCCACUGGUGCCUGCCUCCUAGUUUCCUGCCAAACUCCUGCAACUUUCCUGCUGCAAAUGCUCCACUUCUUUUGGUCUUGUUGGUCGUCCUGCUUUUAAUGUGCUUCAGCACAAGAUCACCUUUGCAAAACACACAGGUUCUUUGUGAUGGAGCCACCCCCAAUUUCCCAUUGCUGGAAACCUCGGGAGGGGAGAGGGCUCUUGUGGUAGACCUCUGUGAGAACAGGCUGCUGGGCUGGAUGGGCCCCUUUGGCCUGAUCCUGCAGAGCUGUGCUUGCCUUCUUCGGUUCUGCAGAUGCCCUAAUGCCUGCAUUCCUGUUGUGCCUGGAUUUAAGCAGUGGUCUAGAACAGCAAUCACAGCCAGAACAUAAAAGCGUCAAAUUCUAUGAUUCUAUGGGGGGGGAAGGACAUUAUGGUGGCCUGGCUGGUGUCAUAAUGCAACUAACUUUUGCCGCAGGGGAAGGUGGGAUUUGUGGAUGGGACACAGACAAUGGGAUGGGCAGAGUUAUAUGAAGAUGAUAGUUGAUUGAUUGAUUUAUACUUGGCCCAUCCGGCUGGGCCUCCUCAGCCACUCUGGGCGGCUCCCAACAAAAUAGUAAAAAUACAAUAAAACAUCAAAGAAUCAUAGCAUUGUAGAGUUGGAAGGGACCUUGAAGGUCCUCUAGUCCAACCCCUGCAAUGCUGGCAUCUCAGCUAAAGCAUCCCUGACAGAUGUCCCUCCAACCUUGGGGUGAAGUGGAGCUGCAAUAAUGCAAGAGGGCACCUGGAAAACUUUGUUCAGCCUGGACUGGCAGGACCUCUCCGGGGGUUCAGGUGGGAGUCUUGGCUGGAGAUGCUGUGUGGGGGGGGGGUGAAGCUGGGACCUUUUGCGCAGGGAAGGGGGAGCCAGCUUGUUUUCUGCUGCUCCACACGGGAGGACACAUUGGAUUUCAGUGGCAAGAAAGGAGAUUCUAGUGGGGGUUGCCAUGUGUCCUCUUUUUCCAGGAUAUGUCCCCCUUUUCAGGAGUAAAAUCUCUGCCUGGGUGGAUUUUUAAAAUUUACCAAAAUGUCUCUGGCUAUACUUUCUGGAGGAGAUGUAGACACAACUGGUGGCUGAAGACUUGCUUUCCUCUUCCCUUCCCCUGCCCCCUCAGCAAUAUUUCACAGCUUCUAUAGCCUACAUAUAAAAGGAGAGUUGUCAUAGCGUCCUCUUUUUUGCUCUUCAAAAUGUGGCAACCCAAGUUCUGAUCUUAUUUCUUGAAAGUUUUAAAGAGGUGUUUUUUUAAAAAACCUGAUAAUGUUAUUGUCGUAUUCAGCUUGUAAACCAGUAUGAGGUCUUUGUAGUUUUGGGGGGGGGUUUUGCAAUCAAGUGGUGUAUACAUUUUAUGAAAUAAUAAAUACACAAAUAGCUGUUCCAUAGUGGAAGAGACCACCUUGGACUCUCCUUUGCCGGAGGUUUUUAUGCAGCGGUCAGACGACCCCCUGAUACGGAUUCUUUAGCUGUGUUCAGGGGGGAGGUCCAGAUGGCCCUCGGGGUUCACUUCCAACAAUUCCACGCCUCUACGAAACAAAUUGCACCGGUGGGGCUGUGUGUGGGACUCGAACCCGGUGCUCCCCAUGUAACCCCUCUCCUCUCUCUCUCUCUCUCUCUCAGCAUCCUGACCCCGCUCUACAAUGGAAAAACUGCUUCUGUAUCUGCUCUUCAUUGGCAUAGCGGCGAAGGCUCAGAUCUGUCCCAAGCGCUGCGUCUGCCAGAUCUUGUCCCCCAACCUCGCCACCCUUUGCGCCAAGAAGGGCCUCCUCUUUGUGCCCCCCAACAUCGACCGGAGGACCGUGGAGCUGCGGCUGGCCGACAACUUUGUCACCAGCAUCAAGCGCAAGGAUUUUGCCAACAUGACCAGCCUGGUGGACCUGACCCUCUCGCGGAACACCAUCAGCUUCGUCACCCCGCACGCCUUCGCUGACCUGCGCAACCUGAGGGCCCUGCACCUGAACAGCAACCGGCUGACCAAGAUCACCCACGACAUGCUGAGCGGGCUUCUCAACCUGCACCACCUGAUCCUCAACAACAACCAGCUGACGCUGAUCUCCGCCACGGCCUUCGACGACGUCCUGGCGCUCGAGGAGCUGGACCUUUCCUACAACAACCUGGAGACCAUCCCCUGGGACGCCGUGGAGAAGAUGGUCAGCUUGCACACCCUCAGCCUGGACCACAACAUGAUCGACAGCAUCCCCAAGGGGACCUUCUCCCACCUCCACAAGAUGACCCGCCUGGAUGUCACCUCCAACAAGCUGCACAAGCUGCCCCCCGACCCCCUCUUCCAGAGGGCCCAGGUCUUGGCCACCUCAGGGAUCAUCAGCCCCUCCACCUUCGCCCUCAGCUUUGGCGGGAACCCCUUGCACUGCAACUGCGAGCUGCUAUGGCUGCGGCGCCUCUCCAGGGAGGACGACCUGGAGACCUGCGCCUCCCCGCCACUCCUCUCGGGCCGCUAUUUCUGGUCGGUCCCCGAGGAGGAGUUUCUGUGCGAGCCGCCGCUCAUCACGAGGCACACCCACGAGCUGAGGGUGCUGGAGGGGCAGAGGGCCAUCCUGAGGUGCAAGGCCCGCGGGGACCCCGAGCCGGCCAUCCACUGGAUCUCACCCGAGGGCAAGCUGAUCUCCAACGCCACGCGCUCGCUGGUCUACGACAACGGGACCCUCGACAUCCACAUCACCACCAUGAAGGACACGGGCUCCUUCACCUGCAUCGCCUCCAACCCUGCCGGGGAGGCCACGCAGUCGGUGGACCUGCACAUCAUCAAGCUGCCCCACAUCAUCAACAGCACCAACCACAUCCACGAGCCGGACCCCGGGUCCUCGGACAUCUCCACCUCCACCAAGUCCGGCUCCAACGCCAGCAGCAGCAGCAGCAGCAGCAACGGGGAGGCCAAGGUCAGCCCCGACAAGAAGGUGGUGGUGGCCGAGGCCACGUCCUCCACCGCCCUCCUCAAGUUCAACUUCCAAAGGAAUAUCCCCGGAAUACGCAUGUUCCAAAUCCAGUACAAUGGGACGUAUGACGACUCGCUUGUUUACAGGUAAGGAGCCCCAGACAAGUUUGGCCCGUCACCUGCUCCCUUCGCUGGGGGAAGGCUUUUCCUUUUGCCUCUUCUUGGCUCUUGGGGGGUCAGGUGGGCUCAGCAGGAGAUGUGGAGAAACCCUCUUCAUUCAGGUCUUGCCAGCGCCAAAUUCAGGACAGUGUGGGACUGGACGAAGGAGGAAUGAUGGAGACCGACUCGCCCUCCUGAGUCUUCCAGGUAAGAGGAAGACAGUAUAGAUUUACAGCGGUAGUUUGAGGAAGAUCAUGGCUCAGAGGGAGACAAAAAGCAAAGUUAGGAAAUAAUGGGAGAGGAAGUGGGGGGGGAAGCAGAUCCGGAGCAGCUGGAUGACUCAUUAUCACUAGACAGCAUUCCAGGCCCCCCUUUUCCCAGAACCCGGCGGGCAGUGAAAGUAGGAGAGCAAAGGCUUGUAACCAAAUGGCCUUAAGCAGCAACUGUAAGGUGGGUGGUGCUGUUGGCGAUUGAGGAGAGAAGGGGGGGUGGAGAUUGCUCAGAGCAACGCCAUUGCUCCAAGAGGUAUCAUUUCUAAGCCUCCCUCUGUGAAUAUUGAAUAAAAGCCAUUGGUAAGAGCUUCCUUGUCUUAUCUAUUCCUGCCAGCCUGCCGUCGGGGAUCAGAUUCCUUGACGCCUGGCAGCAGGUGGCUUCCCUGAACAGGGUGCUGAGCCAAGGGGGCACAAAAUCCAGAAGAUCCAAAACUGAGAUGAUCCAUUGGUGGAGGGGGCAAAUUUUGGCCUCACACAGAGAGCCAUAUUACAAAAGAUUACCAAAGUCCAGCGGCAUAGCUAGCUGCUUGGGGGCCCCUGUGCCCAGGGUGGGGUGGGGUAAGCCAGGGCAGGGCGCGCUGCGUGGAGCCUCCCUGGAGUCUGCCCCCCGUCUCCCCCUCAGCUGUAGGGUGGCUGAGGGGGAGGUGGUGGGCAGACACAAGCCCCACGGUGCCGUUUUGGGCAGCGCGGAGCCUGCAGGCACCCGAGCCCUUUGUCGCCCCCAGGAGAGAUGCGUGACCCAGAACAUCUCCCCCCCGCUACACCUCUGCCCAAGUCCCCCCCCCCCCCCGGUCUUGCAAGACGUCUCCCCGCAGGCAUUUGGGAACAGACUGCUUUUAACAAAAAGGCUGGCGCUGUGCCAGUUUAAUUGUAAUUACUGGUGUGGCUUCCAUCGUUGUUAUCUAUGCGCUUAGUUUUAACACUGGCAGUGUUUAAUUGUUUUUUAAGGAUUGCUUUCCACCUCGCGCUUUUAGAAGUCUUUAUUUUUAUCUGUAUGCCACCUGACAACAAUCGAAUGCAGAGCCCUGGAAGUGCAAGUAUACAAAACGCAGUUUAUGGAAGUCAAUCAAAAAAUGACAGAAUUCAGCAAUUUGGGCAAAUGGAGAAUAAAGGCAAUAUUACCAUUCCGAAAAAGCAAUCUGGGCUUAGGUACAUGGAGACACAGCAAGACAUGAGUUAACCAACAGUCAUGUUUCUGGCCCUGAUUUAGCUGCCCUCCAAGGAGCCUGGCUUCAAGGCAAGGGAGAGGUAGCUGGUCUGCAGCUGGCUCCCAUAGCCUUACUCCCGAGGAGGCUGGCAGCAGCAAAGGGCAAAUGUCCAGAAGGGCAAGGAAGGCAAGUCUCUCUCCCAGCCUCCUAAUAUAUAAAAUAAUAAUAAUAAAUUGCCCAGUAGCACCUUAGAGACCAACUAAGUUUGUUCUGGGUAUAAGCUUUCGUGUGCAUGCACACUUCUUCAGAUACACAGAAACAGAAGUCACCAGAUCCUUCUAUAUAGUGGGAGGGUGGGGUGGGGUUUUUCUCAGGAGGGGAACAGGAGAUGGGUGAUUGACUCAGUGGGUAUGGUAAACCUGUGACUGUUAAUGACUGCGAUUAGUCCUACAGGAAAAAGCAAGGGAUAGUAUGUAGAUGAUUAGCAUAUAUAAUGAGACAGGAAUCCAAUAUCUCUAUUAAGACCAGAUCUCUCCAUAGUUUUCAGUUUAGUGAUAAGUUGUAAUUCAGCAACUUCUCUUUCAAGUCUAUUUCUGAAAUCCUUCUGUAAUAAGACAGCUGCUUGGAGAUCCUGUAUUGAAUGGCCUGGGAGACUGAAGUAUUCUCCUUCUGGCUUCUCUGUCUUGUGAUUCCUGAUGUCAGAUUUAUGUCCCUUUAUCCUUUGGCGUAGGGUUUGGCCUGUUUGUCCAAUAUAGAGAACUGAGGGGCACUGUUGGCAUUUGAUGGCAUACACAAUGUUAGAAGAUGAGCAAUUAAAUUGGCCUGAGAUGGUAUGUUGGAUGUUGUUGGGGCCAGUGAUGGUGUUGUCUGGGUGUCUGUGGCAGCAAAGUUGGCAUCUGGGUUUAUCGCAGGCUCUGGUACCAGUGUCCAUGUUAAGUCUGGUUGCUGUAUUAUUGUGGGAGAGGAGUUGUUUAAGACUGGGUGGCUGUCUGUAGGCGAUGAAAGGUCUUCCUCCCAGAGCUUGAGAAAGAGAACUGUCAUUGUCUAGGAGAGGUUGUAGAUCUCAGAGGAUGCGUUGAAGUGUUUUAACUUGGGAGCUGUAUGUGAUUACUAGUGGUGUUCUGUUAUUUUCUCUUUUGGAUCUGCCUUGCAGCAAGUUCUCUCUGGGGAUCAGUCUGGGGAUCAGCCUCCUGGAAGUCUCCACUGCAAGUCUCGUUGCAUUUCAGGGAGUUUUGUGGGGGGUUAGGAAAGUGAGGUGAAAGAGUAGCCAAAUAUGCACACCUGAAAUAUGUUCAGUGUUCUCAGCCCAGUCCUCUGGGACUCUCUGCCACUGGAGACUCAGCAGGGACCUUCUGUGCCAGCUUCUAAAAGCCUGCUGAAAACCUUCCUAUUCUAUUCCUCUCGGCCUCUGCAGGCCAUUAAAACUGCAACCUUCCACAACAUUUUGUUGAUGUCUGACUUUUUGUUUUAUUUUGUUGUGGUUUUUAUGGGAUGGUUUUAUGGUUUUAUUGGUGUAAACCACUUUGAUAUUUUGUAUGGCACAGCAGUACAAAUAUUCUUCAUAAAUAAGAUGUCUGAUGGUGGGAAAUGUAGUUCAUUUCAAUUUUUAUUUGGAUACUGCCUUUCUGUAUCUCUGCACACGAGAUGCUUGCAAGCAGCAAAGAAAAAAACAUAAGCAGCAAAGAUCAGACAUCUCAAAGCAAUCUGAUCCAAUGCAGAUAAGAAUAUGACCUUCACAUAAACAACUUAUAUCAAAUAAAGAAAUAGCAAAUAAUGCAUUUAGAAUGUAAUAGCAGCUAAUACAGUGGUACCUCAGGUUACAUACGCUUCAGGUUACAGACUCCGCUAACCCUGAAAUAGUACCUCGGGUUAAGAACUUUGCUUCAGGAUGAGAACAGAAAUUAUGCUCCGGUGGCAGCAGGAGGCCCCAUUAGCUAAAGUGGUGCUUCAGGUUAAGAACAGUUUCAGGUUAAGAACGGACCUCCAGAACGAAUUAAGUACAUAACCAGAGGUACCACUGUAAUGAAAUAGAAAUUCACCCUCAACAAUUGCAAUAAAUCAUUACUAUAUUAUAAUCAAUAAAAAUAACAGUGAGUCAGAAUGUAUAAAAUGCCACAAUACACAAAAGAUGUAAAAGGACUGAAUUGAUCAACAAAGUCAAAUAACUAAUUUUUAAUUUUUUAAAAAAAACCCAUCAACAUCUGGCAUGCCAGAUUUCCCCAGACCUGCUUGAAAUGUGUUGCAACCAAAGUGUGGCCUCAAAGAGGGGACUGGCUCUUUGUACUUUGCCUUGAGUCCCAUCAGGGGAAAAGGCUGAGUCUGAAUAAAUAUGUAAUGUACAAAAACAGAGAGGUGAGGGUUGAGGGAGUCAGAUAAACUUCUAGAUUUGGUUUGAAUUAAUUGUGCAGAAGUCCCUUUGCCACAAUGAGCCUGUGGCCAAAGCAGCUGGCGAUCACCGUUCAAAACAUCUUAUAGGAAGUGCAGAGCAGGUCAGUAAAUUCAGGAAUGACAGAAAUCACGAGCUCUCCCAGGGUUAGAUUCCGACGAAACAUUAGGUAGACCUUUCCGACAUUGAGAGCCAGGGCCAGAUGGAGGUUUGAUGAGGCCCUCAGCUCCUGAAGGUAAUGGGGCCCUUGAUAGUCUGUGGUAGAUCACUGGUAGUUCACUGGCUCCCUGCAAAGAAGCUCACCAACCUAAAAAACAGGGCUUUCCUCCUCCCUAAAAAAGCUCAACAAUUUUGACCUGAACCCCAAAAAAGGGGGUAGAUCACUGCCAGUUUUUAAGGGGGUAGAUCACUGCCAGUGAGUAGAUCGCAGCCUCUUGGGGGUUGGCCACCCCUGCUAUAUGGUAAUUGAUGGAACUAAUAGGUAUCUAAAACCAUUUGCACAUGCAGAAUGUAGGCACCCUCUAUAUAGAAAGGAGCAAACCAGUGAUAUUUGAGGGAGCAGGCUAGCAGGCGGGGUCCAUGACUUACAUCAUAGGAGCCUCCACAACACAAAACACUGUUGCUGUAGGUAGGUUUUAUUUUAGUUGUUUUUUAUCUUGGGUUACCUUGGGUGACAGAUGCUUCAGGUUACAGACUCCGCUAACCCAGAAAUAAUACCUCGGGUUAAGAACUUUGCUUCAGCUAAUUAGCUAAAGUGCUGCUUCAGGUUAAGAAAAGUUUCAGGUUAAGAACGGACCUCCAGACCGAAUUAAGUUCUUAACCGGAGGUACCACUGUAUUUUGGAAAUGUACAUCCAGGUUUUUUUCCUUAAGUUUUUUGGGGCCCCCAAGAGAGUGGGGCCCUAAACUAGAGCUUGUUUAGCUUAUAUGUAAAUCUGGCACUGGUGAGAGCUGUUUGAUGGCGGGACGGAUUCCCUUGGGAGGUGGUGGACUCUCUUUCCUUGGAGGUUUUCAAACAUCGGUUGGGCAGCCGCCCAUCAGGGACCCUUGAGCUGUGAUUCCUGCAUUGCAGGGGGCUGGACUAGAGGACCCUUGGGGUUCCCUUCCAGCUCUGCAGCUCUUUGAUUCUCCACAAGCAGCAACCAGCCUCCAGGCAGGAGAAAAGCCAAGGCCUUUUGCAGCCAUCAGGUUUGAUUUGCGCUUUAUUUUUGGCUCAUCCCUGCUGACCUUUAAUCCUUCAAGGUAAUCUGAUUAGCGCAAGGAUUGGAAAGUUAGCCCUGCUCAGGAGACACUAACACCCUCUGUUUGGGGGAGGGAACGACAGGGGAAAAGGAUAUCCAUGAAUUAUUUUUUAUUUAUAUAUACCCACGGAUGAAUGAUGGAAGAGCGUGUGGACAAGGUCUUGGAUUUGCUAAGUGGAUUUGCUUUGAAGCCUCCUAAUGGAGCAGUCACACCUUUCCAAACCCAUUUGUCAUAAAUUAUUCCCUUUUUCUCCCCCACUUUUCAAAGCCACGUCCUUGGGGAGGGAGCAGGAUCCUGCAGAUCAAAGCCACCCAGAAGCCCCCAGACUCGCCCAGGAUGCCGGCAGGUUUCCUUGCGGUUACUGCAUCGGGCGAGAGAGCGUUUGCCAGGGACUCCCCUUGGGGGCUGUGGGGAGGUCUGUGUGUGUCUGUGGUUGUGGGGAUGCUCACAGGGACUAGAAGCCUGAGGAGGAGAGGAUGCAGAAGGACGGAGCCUGUCCCAAGAGAGGAUGCUCAGGCAGGGCAGUCCUGAGUCUUUGGAGACGUCUCAGGUUGUGUCCUGAAUGGGGUAACUGUGCCCCUGAAGGACUAGGUGUGCAGCCUGGGAGUCAUUUUGGACUCACAGCUGUCCAUGGAGGAACAGGUCAAUUCUGUGUCCAGGGCAGCUGUCUCCCAGCUCCACCUGGUACGCAGGCUGAGACCCUACCUGCCCGCGGACUGUCUGGCCAGAGUGGUGCAUGCUCUAGUUAUCUCCCACUUGGACUACUGCAACACGCUCUACGUGGGGCUACCUUUGAAGGUGACCCAGAAACUGCAAUUAAUCCAGAAUAUGGCAGCUAGACUGGUGACUGGGAGUGGUCGCCGGGACCACAUAACACCGGUCCUGAGAGAUCUGCAUUGGCUCCCAGUAUGUUUCCAAGCACAAUUCAAAGUGUUGGUGCUGACCUUUAAAGCCCUAAACGGCCUCGAUCCAGUAUACCUGAAGGAGCGUCUCCACAUCCAUCGUUCUGCCCGGACACUGAGGUCCAGCUCUGAGGGUCUUCUGGCGGUUCCCUCAUUGUGAGAAGCAAAGCUACAGAGAACAGGGCAGAGGGCCUUUUCGGUGGUGGCACCCUCCCUGUGGAAUGCCCUCCCUUCAGAUGUGAAGGAAAUAAGCAGCUAUCCUAUCUUUAAAAGACAUCUGAAGGCAGCCCUGUUCAGGGAAGUUUUUAAUAUUUAAUGUUGUACUGUUUUUAACAUUUGAUUGGGAGCCGCCCAAAGUGGCCGGGGAAACUCAGCCAGAUGGGCGGGGUAUGAAUAAUAAAUGAUGAUGAUGAUGAUGAUGAUGAUGAUGAUGAUGAUGAUGGUGUCUGGGCCCCUUGGACUCCUUGCCCCCGAGUCCGGGCCAAUUGAGGCCACUUGCAGUGGGCAGCUGGCUGGCUCGCCUCUCCCCUUUGCUUUCUCGUUUCCCCUAUAUUUACAACUCCCCCUAUUUUCGUGACUGUUGUUUAUGACGUUGCUUUCCUGCUGCCGUCUUCCCUGGGACCUUCGGAUGAAGGGAGCGUCAUAAAUAAAAUUAUUUGCUUCUUCCUCCAGCCUUAGGCAGCCAGCAAGGGGCCUCGAUACAAAGACAGACCUGCUGGUCUAGCUAGAUCUGUAUCGCCUGCAGAGACCGGGACACACUUUCCAGGGGUUCGGGCAGGGAGAUGCUCUAAGCCAGGCACCCCCAAACUCGGCCCUCUAGAUGUUUUGGGACUACAACUCCCAUCAUCCCUAGCUAGCAGGACCAGUGGUGACUCCUGCUGCUGCCAUGCCGCCGAAGCACGAUUUCUGUUCUCAUCCUGAAGCAAAGUUCUCAACCCGAGGUAAUAUUUCUGGAUUAGCGGAGUUUGUAACCUGAAGUGUCUAUAACCUGAGGUACCACUGUAUCUGACUUUUAAAAGAUAUCUGAAGGCAGCCCUGUUUAGGGAAGUUUCUAAUGUUUGAAGUUUUAUUCUGUUUUUAAUGUUCUGUUGAAAGCCGCUCAGACUGGCUGGGGAAACCCAGCCAGAAGGGUGGGGUAUAAAUAAAUUAUUAUUAUUAUUAUUAUUAUGUGCCCCACCCUCACCUCAUGAGGCUUCGCUCCAGGCCUCCCAACCUGUUCCAGGGGGAGGCAGAAUGUGGCUUCAUCUUUUGCUAGGGACAAGCAUCACGGAGCCUCCAAGCUGGAUAACAACAGUGGUUCCCAAAGUGGGUGGGGAAAGGGAUUCCCUAGGGGGAUGCCAAGAGGUGAGGGGGCACCGGGGGACACGCUGGAGGUGUCUGUCAGCACCAGAUGCAGUUCAUCUGCUUUGUAGACUUCAUUGAAGUGAGUAGUAUUAAUUGGGGUUUGAACAAAAGUGCAGUUAUUUGGUUGCUGAUUUGAAUUGCCGUACCAUCUUCCUUAGUGAGUCCUGCAAACUGCUCUUCUGGAUAAUGGUUUUUAUAAGGAAGGGGGAACUGGGGAUGAAUAUAUGGAACGGGGGGGGGGGGGGGGAUGGCCCCCAAACAUUUGGGAACCUCUGGUUUACAGUGUAACUUUAAACACUGAGAACGUUGGCCUUGUCUUAUGAGGCUCUGCCUGUAGCCUACCCUCCAAGUCUCCCAAUUUUCCAGGAAUUAUGAAAGCCCUCCUGGCUUUGGAUUUGAUCCUGAAAUGUCAUUUUGGCCACCACCAGCUGGUGCUGCCGCCCCUGAUCUCAGGGGGGGAGGCUGAGCCGGCGUUUGUCCUGAGCAGCAGCCGAUAAGGAGCAUCCCUUGGGCAUCUCUUGGCGGCGGCUGGAGAGCAGGCGAGGAGAGGCUGCGGCUGGCCAGGCCCAGCCCCACGUGACCCCCUGGUUGUGGGGGGCAGGCAGAGGGCAGGGCCACCCUGGGCAGGAAGAACGGGGGAGCAGAGCGGAGUGGGAGGAGUCUUGGUUUUUUAAAAAAUAUAUGCAUUGUGCGCCUGCAUCUAAUCUCGCCCCUCUCUAAAAUGCAUAUGUUGGUAUGCGUUUUCCUUUUUGUAAAUCUACCAAAGAAUGCAAUAAAAUAAAAUUGGGAUUCAGGGCUUUUCUCAGGAGUAGGGAGGGCACGAGUGCUGCGUCCCGUUGGUGGUGGAAGUGCUCUGUGAUGGUGGGGGAUACAGGCAAAAGAGGGGGGUGAGGAGGGUCAGUUGGAGGGAAGUGAGAAAUGUCCCUAUUUUCAUUUGAGGAGUGUUGGAGGGUAUGCUGGAGGUUCAAUGGCUUACGUUCAAAAAGAGAACAAAUCCCAUGUUAUGCAGGGAGCAGGACAGGCCAUUUAUCUUUGCUCACAGCUCUUGCCGUCUUCCUGACUUCGGUGCUCUGAGUUUGGGGACGCCCCUUUCCAUGUCCCCUGGUGCUGCUUCCGAGUCUUCCUUAUCCAUUGUUUGACUCUCCCUGGCACAGCGAGAAGCGUUUGUUUCUUUCCUUUGUCUUCUUCUUAAAUAACAUCUGUUGAAUUGUUUCUGCGAAGGUUAUACCAAAUACUGCAAAACAUGGCCUAAUCAUACAGGAUCGGCUGACAAUUCGCAGAGUCCCCGUGCAACCGCCAGCUGCACGGUUUUAUAUUGCCGCAAACUGCUCUGCUACGAUUUUUACGAUGCAGGGGUAUAUACAUGUUUUUAAUAACUAUGUAAAUAAAUAGAAUGAUGGAUCGCUGGUGAACAAGGACAGACGAGAAACAAAACCAAAGGAAAUAAACCACAGGUGCGUGGAUGCGUCAAAUGCAGCAACUGGAACUAUUUCUGGCAUAGAUAUUGAGGUUAGACCAGACAGGGUUGCAAAACGUGGGCCCUGUGAUGGCCAGGGAAAAGAAUUGAAAGUAUUUGCAGGCCCUGAGUCACUGUACUGGCCUUAUUCGCUCGUGGACUGAGGGGGCUUCCAGGUCAUGCUCCUCCUUGCUUGCAAAUGAAAUAAAAUCAAGCCAAACAGGUAUGAAAUUGCUGACCCCGUGUGUGGCAGCCAUGGAAAAGGCAAAUUCUGUGUUAGGGAUAAUUAGGAAAGAAAGGGGAAGCAAAACUGGCAGUAUCCUAAUGCCUUUGCCCAAAUCUAUGGCGCAACUGCAUCUGGAGUCCUGCGUACAGUUCUGGGUGCCUCACGUCAAAAAGGAUAAUAAUAAUAAUAAUAAUAAUAAUAAUAAUAAUAAUAAUAAUAAUUUAUACCCUGGGCUCAGGAUGGCUAGCAACUGAAAAACUGGGCUCAGGGCGGCUAGCAACAAAUUUAAAACACUUAAUGGUAAAAGCAGCAUAAAAUAAAGUAUAAAAACAUGAAUAACAAUAAAAUUUCAAGUUCAGAAAUCAAUUUAGGGGAAAUCCAUCUAAUAAGCAUUAGAUAAUCCCCAGGGAUAGCGGGCUGAAUUGGUCCUACUUGGAUAAAAAUGAAAGGGGUGAGAAAAGGGCCCCCAAAAUGAUUGAGGGGCUGGAGCAGCUUCUCUGCGAAGAAAGGUGGCCUGAUCCAGCAGGUUCUUCUGAGCUUCUCAUGUCCCUUUUCCUUAGUUUUCCCAAUAGGGCAAUAUCCUUCAGGGUCUCGGCUGCAAUAUCAGGUCUUCAUUGCGCCCAUUUCCUUGCCCUUGUCCAGUACAGAUGAGGGAAGGCCUUGCUUCUGCCUUAAGCUCAGCCUUCUCUUCUUUAGCUUCAGACCAAAACCGAUUUAAAUCGCGAUUUAAAUCACUAGUCAGUAAGACUUGAUUUAAAUCAUUUUAUUUUUUUUACAGAAAGACUCAUUCUUGCUGGUAUCAUCUUAAUAUUUACAACCAGAUGAAGGUUUCGUUUUUGGACUAAUAAAUUUUCAGAGUAGUUUCUACAGUUCUAUCAAAAAUUAUGAAUUUGGUUCUACUAUCAGAAAUACAAAGACCGAUAAUUAUGAAAUUACUGUGAGGUUUAAUAAGUGAACUGUUGAUAUUUGGAGAACUUUUCUGCUGUACUUUAUUGGAAGGAGAAAAAUAACCAUUUCCUUCAUAACAAUUUAAACCAUCUAUUUAACUAAAACUAUAACAUUAUAGCAUAUGUAUCCAUGUUUGUUAACUGAUGUGGUUCAACAAUUCUUUUUAUUAAGAAACCUUUUAGCACACAUGAAACUUAAACAAAUCCUUAUUUCCUGAUGAAUAGCCUUUGGACUCCAGUGUAACUUAAAUAGAAAAUCUUUAGAAAGAUUUUCUCUCCAAAAGCAUUUUUUUAAAAAAAUUCAAUUUAAUUUUUUUACAAAACUAUUUAAAUUAAAAAUAUCAAUUUUUUUUAAAAAAAUCCUGAUUGUUCUCUACCCUGCUCAGCUCUGCUUCCACAGUCAGAGGCAGCCAGGCUUCUGAAUCCCAGUUACUGUAAACCUCAGGAGGGGAGAGGGGUCUUGUGUUCGAAUCCUGGUUUUGGGCUGCCCACAACAGGCACCUGGCUGUGAGAACAGGGUUCUGGGCAAGAUGGGCCAAUGGCUUGAUUUGUGGUUACCAUAAUUCCUAUCUAUUUCAUCGCGUUUGUACCUCUUCCUCCCUACAUUUCAUCCAUUUUAAAUAAAUAUAAAAAGGUAUAAAUCAUAAACAUUACAAGUCUUCUUAAGUCAAUCCUGCUGGUGUUGUUAAUUGUCUGCAAUCGUCCUUCAAAUAUUGUAUAAAUUUACUCCAGUGUUUUGGGAAAGCUUCAUCACGCUGGUUUCGGAUUUUCAGCUGCGCCAGUUGUGCAUAUUCCAUCACCUUCACCCGCGACUCUUCAAUCGUUGCUCAUUCCGGUUGGUUCCGUUUGGGGGCUAAUAGAGUCCUUGCUGCUGUUGUUGCAUGCAUAAACUAUUCUUGGUAUCUUUGGAAUUUCUUCCUCUACUAUGCCCAGUAAAGAUGCUUCUGGUUUUUUUAGCAAAUGUACUUUUGUACAUUUUCUUUAACUCAUUAUAUAUCAUUUCCCAGAAGACUUUGACUUUACUGCAAGUCCACCACCUAUGAUAGAAAUUUCCUUCCUUUUCUUUACAUUUCCAACAUUCCUUAUUUUUUAUCUUAUACAUUUUGGCAAGUUUAGUUGGUGUUAAAUGCCACCUAUAUAGAUUCAGGUAGGUAGCCGUGUUGGUCUGACGCAGUUGAAAUAUAUCAAUUUUUUUAAAAAAAUUGUCCAGUAGCACCUUAGAGACCAACUAAGUUUGUUCUUGUUAUACGCUUCCGUGUGCAUCUGAAUGUAUCUGAAGAAGUGUGCUUGCACACGAAAGCUUAUACUAAGAACAAGCAUAGUUGGUCUCUAAGGUGCUCCUGGAAUAUAUAUAUAUAUAUAUAUAUAUAUAUAUAUAUAUGUGCAGUGGUAUCUCGGGUUAAGUACUUAAUUUGUUCCGGAGGUCUAUUCUUAACCUGAAACUGUUCUUAAUCUGAAGCACCACUUUAGCUAAUGGGGCCUCCUGCUGCUGCCGCGCCGCUGGAGCACGAUUUCUGUUCUCAUCCUGCAGCAAAGUUCUUAACCUGAAGUACUAUUUCUGGGUUAGCGGAGUCUGUAACCUGAAGCGUAUGUAACCCGAGGUACCACUGUAUAUGUAUGUAUAUGUGUAUAUGUGUAUAUAUAUAUAUCUAUCUAUCUCGACCACCUAUAUAGCUCUUCUGGGACGCGGGUGGGGCUGUGGUCUAAACCACAGAGUCUAGGGCUUGCCAAUCAGAAGGUCAGUGGUUCGAAUCCCCAUGACAGGGUGAGCUCCCGUUGCUCAGUCCCAGCUCCUGCCAACCUAGCAGUUCAAAAGCACAUCAAGUGCAAGUAGAUAAAUAGGUACCACUCUGGCGGGAAGUUAAACGGCAUUUCCGUGCACUGCUCUGGUUCGCCAGAAGCGGCUUAGUCAUGCUGGCUACAUGACCUGGAAGCUGUACGCCGGCUCCCUCGGCCUAUAGAGUGAGAUGAGCGGGCAAUCCCAGAGUCGGCCAUGACUGGACCUAACGGUCAGGCGUCCCUUUACCUUUAUAUAGCUCUUCUCAGAUUCUGAGGUUGGUCCUCCCAGUCCAACCCAGUGAUGCCUUUUUUCUUUCUGUCCUUCCGCAGAAUGAUUCCCCCCACGAGCAAGACCUUCCUGGUCAACAACCUGGCAGCGGGGACGGUCUACGACCUGUGCGUCCUGGCCAUCUACGACGACGGCAUCACCUCCCUGACGGCCACCCGUGUGGUGGGCUGCAUCCAGUUCACGACGGAGCAGGACUACGUGCGCUGCCACUUCAUGCAGUCCCAGUUCCUGGGGGGCACCAUGAUCAUCAUCAUCGGGGGCAUCAUUGUGGCCUCCGUGCUGGUCUUCAUCAUCAUCCUCAUGAUCCGCUACAAGGUGUGCAACAACGGCGGGCACCCCAAGGCCGCCAAGGUCAGCAACGUUUACUCCCAGACCAACGGGGCCCAGCAGGCCCAGCAGCCAGGGUUCGGCGGCGCCGGCGCUGCCCUGCCGCCGUCGGGCUCCAAGCAGGCCAUGGGGCGCGAGGAGAGCCUGCAGUGCUGCAAGGUGGGCAGCGAGGGCUCGGCGCGGCCGGCGGACGCCUUUCCCAGCCAGGACUCCUGCUCCGCUUCCGCCGGGGCCGGCGCUACCUCCGCCCUGCCGCCCACAUGGACUCCGGGGCCCCCCGCUUCCCAAAAGCUGAAGCGCAAGCCCACGCCAAAGUCCGGCAGCCACGACGCCGUCCCCGGCGAAGGCGCCUCCUGCUCCUCCGCGUCCGGCGGCCUCGAGUCGCAGAACACGAACCGCAACAACUCCACAGCGCUGCAGCUGGCCGCCCGGCCGGCGGACUCUUCCCCGGGGGCGGCCCCCGCCUACAAGAGAGCGCAAGCCAAGCCAAGUAAGUUCCUCACCUUGCCCGCCGACCCGUCCCGCGCCAAGCGCAGGUACUCCCUGAACGGAGAGAUCAUGGAAUACCACUGUUACCUUAACUCCCCGAACCCGGGCGGAUUUUGGUCUAAGCGGAGCCUGUCCAUGAAUGGGAUGCUCUUGCAGACAGACUCCUCCGAGGCGGAUAGUGGUCAAGCAACUUUCUCCAGUUCGGAGUGGAUAUUGGAAAGCACGGUGUGAGCUGCUGGGGGUGUGUGGCUUUUCUUUUUUUUAUUUUGCCAGUCCUAAAAAAGGACGGAGGGUUCCCCCGCCCUCCAAACACUGUCCAAGAACUCGUCUCCGGGUGGGGGCAGUGGCUGGCUUUUUCCUGCCCCUCUCGCCUCUCCGCCCAGAACAGGGUGUGGACCACCGUGGAGCGCCCCUUCACACCACCUUUUCUCUCUUGGGGUUUCCGUUUAAUCUAACAACCGGAGGGAAAUAUUGGCGAGGAAACAAAGAUUUAAGGGGAAAGCACAAAAGUCGAGUGGGGUCUCUGCCUCUGCUAGGAUUGGCACCCGGGUCCCACCCUAGCCAAUCGAGGACCCAGGAGAGAGAGAAGGAGCCUUGGCCUGGGGGGAAGAAAGAGCCGUUUGUAGAAGGGCCUCGUUGCUCUUUCCUCUGUGCCAACGGAAGGCUGCUUUUCUGAUGGAUCAGUAGACAAAAACGGGAGAGGGAGCAUUUCUAAAUCGAGCCGAGUGUCUUUUCUGCCCUCUUUCCCCCGUGACUUUGGUCCUGCCUUCCUUUCUGGGCCAACGCUGUACAAAACCCAUCAACUCUGUGUUGCUACGUUGUGUAAAAUAAAAUAUUCCUUCAAUACCUUCAGCCGGUGUGGCCGGGCGAUGCCCUUGGAAUGACCCUCCUUGGUUCAGGGGUGCUGGGGGCGCCGUAUCCGGGUGGCCAGUGGGGAGAGGGGGAAGGAGGAGGUCUCUGCCCCUGCCCCCUGGCCAGGCUGCCCAAUGGGCGGAGGUCGUCUGCUGUAGGAGGCAGGACAGAGCCGGGCUGGAGGUGUGUGUGGUCAGAGAGCCCGUCCAUCUCUCUCUUGGUAGCUGUGAGCAGGAGCCUGGGGUCUCUAGCACCAGAGAAAGUGGGUCAGCGGUGCUGCAGGCCGGCCAGCCUUGCUUUCCGUGGGUCUUGUUGGCGGCAGGGAGAUUUCUCCAGGCUGAGUCAGCAGCAUUUAUAUUUGUGCCAAUUUCGCUCUUUUGUUCCUUCUAUUUGUGCAAGGCUAUGAGUCAGCUUUCCAGGCAGAAAAGACGGCCUGUUGCAAUGCCAUAUAACCGAUGAAAAGCAGUUAUAACACCCCGAAACAGAGCAGCCGUAAGACCUCUGCGAUGCUGGCCUGGGAGAUCUCUCCAGGCUCCUUCAAAUUCCUUCUUGGGGUUCCAAAUGGCUUAAUCUUGUUUCUGAAGUUGCCCCGGUGCUGGAUCGAUCCCUUGUUCUCCUGGACGAAUCCUAAAAGCUGCUCACUGUUUGGCUGCACGCUUUUCGCCCCAGAUUGACGAUGGAUCCCAGGGAAGGAAUUGCAUUCGCUCAGUCGCGGUGCAAAGAGGGAUCUCAGUGUGAUUUCACAAUUGCGUUAAGAUCCCUUCUUCGUUUCUUCCGUGAUAGAAUUAAUGCAUAUGAAAAAAUGGGCUUGGUUGGCUUGUCCGUUUUGAGAACUUGUGUGGGGAAAAGAAAAAAUACAACUGAAACUCAAAGUGUGCCUGUGCCAAUUCAGAGAUGAAUGCCCCCCAACUAAUCACCCCACCCUCCCACCCCACCCAUGGGUGCUUCCCUUGGCCUUGCCUGGUUUCUGGGUCCUUCCUUUGGGGCCCCAGUGAGCUGCUCCCCUUGCUUGGUGGGGAAGGAAGAUGAGCCUCUGUUGCAUUUUCUCCCUCCAGAGUCAGCUCCUCUUGCUUGUAAAGCCUCCCCUCCCCCCCAACUCUCUUUUAUUUAUCUAUUGAUUUUAUAAUUUAUUUAUUUAUCCCCAUUAUAUUUAUUAUUCCCCCUGAUAUGGACUCAAGGCUCCAUGAAUGGCAUUUUAAAAAGUCACUUCUCUGGCCAAGUCCAUCCAAAGCAGCUUGCAAUAUUAUUAUUAUUAUUAUUAUUAUUAUUAUUAUUCCCACAUGCAAAUUUAAACGACACAGAGGGAAUGCAGAAAGCUAAAAAUGUCACAAAGACAAUAGUUGAAAAGUAAUUCUAAUAGUAAGUAACUCUCCCGAGGAGACGUUGAUCCCGUUUUGCUAGACUAAAGGCUGCCUUACUCUGUGCACAAAGAACGACGUGUGUGAAUGUGCGCCAUUGUUAUUUUUAACAAAAUGUGCUUGCAGCUUCCCUGAAAACAAAAGUUCUAGCAGUUUGCAAAGCACAUAAAAUAUGCUUUAGAAGAAUGCAAAAGAUACCUUAGAAUAAAAAAGCAACAUUAAAAGCAAUUGGGGGUUGGACUAGAUGUUCCUUCCCAGGGGCGUAGAAAGGGGGCAGCGGAGAGGGCAGGCUGCCCAGGGUGCCACUCUGGGAGGGGUGACAAGAUGGCCCCUGCCUGCCCCCAGCUGUAGAGCGGCAGAGGGCGCACGCAGUCCAUAUGGGCACUGCUCACAUGCUGUCCGUAUGGGCUGCCGCUCUCUUGCACCGUCCAUAUGUGCGUCCAUAGGGGUGCUGCUCACGCACAGCGCCCAUACAGCCACCACGUGUGAGCGGCAGCCCAUACGGACAGCACAUGUGCGACAUUCCGUACAGAGUGUGCAUGUGUGAUGCCACACAUGCGCAGUCCAUAUGGGCUGCGCCUCCCUGGGUCCCUUCCAACUCCACAAUUCUUAAGUUUGUAGAAAAGCAGAAGGAAUAAAAUUCACAGUUAAAAGCACACAUUCUAAGCUAAAUAGGCAGAUUUUAAAAAAUGCAUCAACUUUGCAAAAUGCACGUACGUUCUUUAGGUCACCGUUUGCCCUGAGCACAUUGUGGGCCAUAUAUUUUGUGGUGCGCUCUCUCCACCCCCCCCCUCAGGUGCCGGAAGUUUCUCCACAGAGAUGAGAGCUUCCCUUUGUCUCCCACCUUCUGGGCCAUCCUUCUUGGGGCUGGCGGGUUGGAAUCAGAAACAAUGGUUUGGUGCUGAACUUUCCCAGCAAACCGUGGCCUGUCAUUUUCAUGCAUCACAAUAAACUGUGGUUAGUUCAAAGCAUGAGGCAGAUGCUUCCAAACUCAUUUGGGGGACAGGGGACAGGCAGGGACCGACUCAGGGCUGCCUGGCUCCCGUUCUGCUAAGCAAUGGUUUGGCGUUACCACCAAACUGGGUUAUUCAUCAUCAUCAUUUUAUUUUUUAUACCGCCUUUCCAUAGUUAAAACAAUGCUCAAGACGGCUUACAUCACGACAAGAUUCACUGUAUUUUUUGCUUUAUAAGACGCACUUUUUCCUUUCUAAAAAGUAAGGGGAAAUGUGUGUGCGUCUUAUGGAGCGAAUGCAGGCUGCGCAGCUAUCGCUGAAGCCAGGACAGCAAGAAGGAUUGCUGCGCAGCAAUCCCUCUUGCUGUUCUGGCUUCAGCGAUAGCUGCAAAAAGCCUCUUCAACAACAUUUGAUUCAGAAUAUUUUCCCCCCUUGUUUUCCUCCUCUAAAAACUAGGUGCGUCUUAUGGGGCGAAAAAUACGGUACAUAAUUGCAUAACAUAACAAAAGUCAUAAACAAUCAAUAAAACACAUUAAAAGGUACACAGCCAAAUGGAAAACAAUUUCCACAUAAAUCAUACAAUCUAAAACUAAAGAUACAACAUUAAUUUCAACAACAAUUUAAAAUGGCAUAGAUAAAAAAUAAAAACAAUCUUUAAAAAGGAGCCCUCUCUGCUGAGCAGCAGCAGCAGCAGCAGUCCUUUCUUGUGUCCUAAUGCUUGGCUUUUCCUGUUCUUCGCCAGCCUGCCUUCAAGGCCGCUUCCAAGAAUGAAAUGCAGGGAGGCGAUAAAUCUGGCGGGAGCCAACAUGAUAAAAGGGCCGGUGCAGAACUAGGUGCAAACAGCCUGGGAAGGAGAAAACAUUUAAGAAUCAAUAGAAAACCACAUAUAACAGGACCUGGGUUUUUUUUAGCAGCUAUAGCUAAAAAGCUAAUUAUAGAACGCUUUGGCUUCCAGCUCACCAUAGCUGGAAAGACAUCUAGUUCUUCAUGCAGUGCAAGGAUGAACUGCGGAACUCCCUGCCACAGGAGGCAGAGAUGGCUUGAAAAGAGGAUGAGGCACAUUCAUGGAAGAGCAUCAGGCUGUGUUGAUGGCUCCUCGCCCCAGGGGCUGAUGCCUUUCCUUCACAGUUGGGAGCAGUGAUGCUUCUGAACCCCAGUUGCUGGAAGGGAAGGAGGGAAGAGUUGUGGUGGGGCUUGGAUCCUGCUUGCCGGUUUCCCAUGGAGGCAUCUGGCUGGCCUAUGUGAGAACCGGAAGCUGGACCAGAUGGAGCACUGGCCUGAUCCAGCAGGACUCUUUGAAUGUUCUCAUCUGUCUCCCCGGGAAGAGAAUGCCAGAGUCAGGCCACCAUCACUGAAAUCUUCUUGUAGCGGCCAACCAAGUGCCAAUGGGAAACCCCCCGUGAGUGAAUCCCCCAUGAGGAAAGGUGACAGCAUUUGGGGCUGCUUCAUGAGAGGAAAGGAAGCCAGAGGGAGCAGGACAGGAGUUUGUAAAAUCAUGCUUGGCGCAGGGAAAGGAGAUAGAGAGAAGUUCCCUUCUCUCUCUCACAACACUAGAAGAGAUACAAGGAGGCUGAAGGUUGGAAGAUGCAGGACAGAUAAAGUCCUCCAUGUGGUGUGGAGUUAGACUGUGGAACUCCCUGCCACAGGAGGCCGUGAGGGCCACCAGCCUGGAUGGCUUGAAAAGAGAACUAGACAAAAGGGAAUUCUUGGAGGAGGAAAAGGCUCUGGAAGGCCCAGGAAGGGAGAGUUGCUCUGGUGCUCCUGUUCUGCUUGCUGGGUUCCCCUGGGGGCAUCUGGCUGGCCCCAGUGAGAACAGGAGGCUGGAGCAGAUGGACCACGGGCCUGAUCCACAGGAGGCAGAGGUGGCUUCAAAAGACGAUGAGGCACAUUCAUGGAAGAUUCAAGCGCAAGACCACUUUCUCCCCUCCUCUGGUUCCCAGCAACUGGCCUCCAGCUGUGAAGACAGAGCAGAGCCACACGUCUCUCAACCAUGGAAAGCCCUCUCCUCUCCCAGGAAUUUGUCUCAUCCUCUUGUAAGGCCAUCUAGUUUUCUGGCCAUCUCUGCCUCUAGUGGCAGUGAGUUCCACAGUUCAGCCAGUCACUGUGUGUCGAAGCCUUUUCUUUCCUGGGUCUGGAGUCCUCCUGGGGGUGGGGCGUUGUGGAGACCUGGCUCCAUCUCUCCUGAGUGGAAGAUGCUUAGAUGGGCAGGUGGGCGGCAGGGAGGGAGGGAGCUGGUGGAAGUUCUCCCCUUCCAGGUUGGUUCUGCUUUGGUUGAGGAGCUGAGCCAAGCCGGGCGUUAUAGAUCUCUCUCUCUCUCUCUCUUUCUGUUUCUCUUUCCACCACACAGAAGCUGGCAGCAGCCUGAAGAGUGCUUGCCACCCUCCUCCUCCUCUUCCUCCUCCUGAAAACGUGGCCGCCCACGUUUGCACCCGACAAAAAUCCAUUCGGUUUCAACUCACCGGAGACUGA